AUGGAGGAGCCCGGCGCAGGAGGCGCCAACGGGGCGCCGGGCAAGGGCAAGGCUCAGCCCCCGGCCAAGGGCAGGGAGCUCUUCAGGAGCCAGCGGAAGGAGUCGGAGGUGCCAAUUCAUUCAUUUAUUUUUGGGGAGGGGGGACUCCCGGUGGAUUUGGGGUGGCCAUCCUGGAGCGCAUAUAUAUAUAUAUUUAUAUUUUGGGGGGUGAGGUAGGCUGAGCACCCCCCAAGAGGGACGGUGCCAUGGCAGCCUACCCUGCGGGGACGUUGUGGGGCAAUUGAUUUUUUUGGGGGGUGGUGGAUUUGGGGUGGGGUGUGCCAUCCUGGAGCGUGCAUAUAAAUAAAUAUAAAUAUAAAUAAUAUAAAUAUAUAUGGGGUGAGGUAGGCAGAGCACCCCCAAGAGGGACGGUGCCUUGGCAGCCUACCCUGCGGGGACGUUGUGGGGCAGGAGGGAAAAGGGAUGUGGGGUGCCUGCUGGUGUUGGAGAAAGAGAGCUGUGUCCGGGGGUGUCACGAUGGGGCUGCAGAGUUGUGGGGUGGCGGGGAAGAGAGAAAGAGCCGGCUUUGGGGGGAACCAGAGGGGCGCCUGCAAAGGGGAGGGUCUGGCGGCGCAGUGGAGAGAAGCGGGUGGGUGGGGGUCUUGCUGGACUCGAAUAGAGGCGUUCCUGGGGGUCAGGAGGGUGGCGGCGGCUUCUUUGGGUCCCGGCGUCGGUGGGGCUCGGGGAUGCGGGGAGGGGAGCCUUGGAGUUUUGGGGUGACGCUCAGGAGAGCUCGGGUGGGGGCAGUUGGAGGGGCUGGCUAAAAUUGGGGGAGAGAAAAAGAGCCAAUUUUUUUGGGGGGGGGCAUUUGGAGAGAGUAUGGGGCUGGUAGUGCCCGGCAGCCCCCAGAUUGGAAAUGUGUUGCCCUUGGAAGCGGGGCAGGAUUUGUCCUGAGCCUGGCGAGGUGGGGGCUUCUUGCAGAUAAAUCCCAUGGAUUUCUGAGAUUGGGGGGGGGGGUCCUUCUUUCGCUUGGGUCUCUCAGGGUUGGGUGAACAUUCUGCUGCUUCCGUGGAACCUUAAAUCGCCCUAUUUUCUGCUUCUGGAAGAUAAUAAUAAUAAAAUUUUAUUUAUAUCCCGUCCUCCCCAGAUACUUGGGGGGGGGGGCGAAUUGUUCCUCUAGCUCCUUUAGGAUGGAGUAAAACAGCUCCUGUUUUGUGAAUGAGUCUCUCUUCCCUGCGCCUCCGUCCACCUCCCGUUCUGAUCCAAGCUUGCGCGCUUUUGCGCAUCUGAAAUCCUCCUUUCCCUGCGCUCAUCUGUUCCCCAAACUCUCUUUUUCGCCAGGGGUUUUUACACGGAAUGGUGGACUCUGCAAGGUGGAGCAGCCCCCCUCCCCUGAAUAUUAUCUGUUCCUGGUUUGCUGGCCGGGCUGGCUUCCCCCUUUUCCCAACGCCCUCCCCUCUCUGUGUGGAGAGAGGCAGCCAGGUCCCUUGUGCGUAAUGUACAAGAGCAGCUGGAGAAUCGAGGCUUGUGUGUUGUGGAUGUCAAGAUCGCAGGAAUGGGGAGGAGGAAGAGGCUUCCCUCUGCUAACGCCAGGGCGAUUCCUCCUGCAGCUCUCCUCCAGCAAAAGACUGGCUGCUGUUUCUGCAAAACAAGGACAACACCACCGUCUCAAAACCCCAAGGAUGUCUUGUUUGUUUCUUCUCUGGGGUUGGGCUGUGGCGCUUUGCAAAAGUGUGAAAGCACAUGUGAGUCUGAUCGAAGUGGGGCAGGCAAUGGGGACAAGGAAGAAAUGCACCUCUUUCCCAGGUGCAAUCUCUUUUCUAAAAUAUAUAUAUUUUUAUUAAGUUUUACCUAACAAAUUUCAGUUCAAACACAUCAUUCACAUCUUCAAUUCUCUGAAUCCCUUGAUUUCCCUCUGCCCUUCCAUGGUUACCGUUAUCAAUCUUUUCCUACCCUUCUGCUUAUCUUAUUUUCUUUAAUUUAUGGAAAAACAAAUUACUAUUUUUUUAACAGUUUUUUUGUACAUUACAAGCAUUACUCAAAUCCUGCCAAAGUUGUUAGCUGUUUACAGUGUUCUGUUAUGUACAUUAUAUUUUUUUCCAUUGCUUCUUAAAAUUCUUCUCUUCCUCUUUCCCAAUUUUGCCAUUUUGGCAUAGUCCAUCAUCCUCAUCAGUUGGAACCCAAACGUCCGAUGGGGCUUCCACGGCUUCUGAUUGGCUGCAAGAGCUUUCUGCAGCCAAUCAGAAGUGCACCUUGGUUUCCAAACGUUUUGGAAGUCGAACGCACUUCCGGAAUGGAUUCUGUUCGACUUCUGAGGUACGACUGUAUAAGGAAGGCACCAGACAAGCCUCCUGGGGGAAAGUAUCCCACAAAUGGGGAGCCACUGCAGAAAAGGCCCUGCUCUUGUGUUGCCACCCUCUGGACCUCUUGUGGAGGAGGCCCACGAAGAAGGGCCUCAGAGGAUGAUCACAGGGGCUGGGUUGGUUGAAUUGCCCUCACUCCAUCCUUGUUUGAGGGACGCGGGUGGCGCUGUGGGGUAAACCACAGCGCCUAGGACUUGCCGAUCAGAAGGUCGGUGGUUUGAAUCCCCACAAUGGGGUGAGCUCCCAUUGCUCGGUCCCUGCUCCUGCCAACCUAGCAGUUCGAAAGCACGUCAAAGUGCAAGUAGAUAAAUAGGUACCGCUCUGGCGGGAAGGUAAACGGCGUUUCCGUGUGCUGCUCUGGUUUGCCAGAAGUGGCUUAGUCCUGCUGGCCACAUGACCUGGAAGCUGUACGCCGGCUCCCUCGGCCAGUAAAGCAAGAUGAGCGCCGCAGCCCCAGAGUCAGCCACGACUGGACCUAAUGGUCAGGGGUCCAUUUACAUCCUUGUUUGCCCUCAUUGACCAAAUUUUGCUGGCUCCAGCUGGAAUGAUAGAUGUUCUUUGCCUUUGGGGAAACACUCCCCAGUUGCUAAUGAUUUUUAGAAUUGAUUUAUUGGUUUUUCGAUUGCUAAUGCGUUGCUUGCAUACUUGUGCGCUGGGCAGAGUAUUGUGGGAAACAAACUGCUGGAGCUCGUGACCUCACCACUGCUCUCGUGAAAGGAAAACCGUCUCCGAAAACCUCCACAUUUGUAGGAGCUUAAAGUGUGGGUGUUUAUGUCAUCUUCAGGGGCUCAGUCCAGCCCCACACAUCUGGGGGAGGCUGCCGCUGCGUCCUCUCUCUUCCCAGUCUCCGGUAAUCUCUCUCUAAAUAUAUUUCCAUGCAGUGUGCUUCUCCAGGAAAAAUGGGAAAGUUACAUGCCUCUCUUUUGAUAGAUUCAAUGUUCAGCCAUAUUUUGGCACCGCAUGAAUGAGUAUAUUCCUUCCUCUCUCCCCACUUUCUCCUUCUAAUCAGUGUUAGAAACUCAGAUAUAUCAGCUAGGCACCAAAUGGCUCCUUAGACCGGGGUUUCAGUCACCAAAACCGAAUACCUACUGGCCAUUUUGGGGGCCAGACUGCUAUAAAGUCUUAUUUUUCAAUACAACUUUUUGAUUCCUGUAAUUCAGUCUUGAUUGUGCAGGAUAGAAUUCUACAGGAUACGUUGCUAAUGUGUGAAGACGGUCCAGAUCCAAGGAUCCCCAGGCAUGCGCCACCAGAUGGUCCGGGCAUCUUCGCAAGUGGCUGAUUGUUGUCAUUUAGUCAUGUCUGACUCUUCGUGACCCACUGGACCAGAGCAUGUCAGGCACUCCUGUCUUCCACUGCCUCCCGCAGUUUGGUCAAACUCAUGCUGGUAGCUUCGAGAACACUGUCCCACCAUCUUGUCCUCUGUCGCCCCCUUCUCCUUGUGCCCUCCAUCUUUCCCAACAUCAGGGUCUUUUCCAGGGAGUCCUCUCUUCUCAUGAGGUGGCCAAAGUAUUGGAGCCUCAGCUUCACGAUCUGUCCUUCCAGUGAGCACUCAGAGCUGAUUUCCUUCAGAAUGGAGAGGUUUGAUCUUCUUGCAGCACCAGAAUUCAAAAGCAUCCAUUCUUCAGCGAUCAGCCUUCUUUAUGGUCCAGCUCUCACUUCCAUACAUCACUACUGGGAAAAUCAUAACUUUAACUAUACGGACCUUUGUUGGCAAGGUGAUGUCUCUGCUUUUUAAGAUGCUGUCUAGGUUUGUCAUUGCUUUUCUCCCAAGAAGCAGGCGUCUUUUAAUUUUGUUACUGCUGUCACCAUCUUCAGUGAUCACGGAGCCCAAGAAAGUAAAAUCUCUCACUGCCUCCUUUCUUCCCCUUCUAUUUGCCAGGAGGUGAUGGGCCCAGUGGCCAUGAUCUUGGGGUUUUUUUAUGCUGAGCUUCAGAUCAUAUUUUGCGCUCUCCUCUUUCACCCAAGUGGUUGAUAGCCAGGUGCAAAAAGCGCCUGGCGAAUUUCAAACCCUGAUUCCAGUUUAAGGGACAAGUUUGGUGUUGCAUCUGACCAGUGGUCAGGUUUUUAGGAAAGAGGAGGGCAGGAAGGGGUGCCAGGCAAGGCUAUGCCAAACAGCCAUUGGUCAUUGCAUCUUAACCAGGGGGUCAGGAUCUCACAGCCCUCCACCCUCUUUUGCUUCUUUGGCCCCAUCCACCACUAGUGGCCCCCCACCAAGGUUGACAACAUGCCCUCUGCCUGAAAAGGUCUUCCAACACCUGCUACUCAGAAGUAAGCCCCAUUGAGUUCAGCAGAGCUUGCUCCCAUGGAAGUGCAUGCAGGUGGUUACUAACCUUUGACUCCUAUCAUAUCCAAGUUCUUUACUCCUCCAAAUUUAAUUACUCCGUUUCUCCUGCCCCUGCCAAGUCCCCCCCCCCCCUUUUUAAUCCAGUAACCUUUCCUUUGUUGCUGGCUCUGUUUGGCAUGUAAGCUCCUGUAGUUUUCACAGAGCCGGGAAAACAAAGACCUCACUAUUUCAGCGUGUGCCUGCUUAUAUUCUGGUUCUCUUCAGAUUGUAUAAAUCUCUCGCCUCUUAUGAAAGUAUGCGCCUGCUUCUGAAAAGGAACUGCAGCCGCGCUUCCUCUUAGCCUCAAAAGUGCCUUUUGGUGGAUCAGGCCAAAGACCCUUCUAUCCUGGAGCCAGUGAGAGCUGGACCAUAAAGAAGGCUGAUCGCCGAAGAAUGGAUGCUUUUGAAUUAUGGUGCUGGAGGAGACUCUUGAGAGUCCCAUGGACUGCAAGAAGAUGAAACCUGUUUAGGGAAGCUUUUAAUGUUUAACAGACUAUUAUAUUUUAAUAUUUUGUUGGAAGCCGCCCAGAGUGGCCGGGGUAUAAAUAAUAAAUUAUUAUUAUUAUUAUUAUUAUUAUUAUUAUUAUUAUUAUUACAGUGGUACCUCGGGUUAAGAACUUAAUUCGUUCUGGAGGUCUGUUCUUAACCUAAAACUGUUCUUAACCUGCAGCACCACUUUAGCUAAUGGGGCCUCCUGCUGCCGCCACGCGAUUUCUGUUCUCAUCCUGAAGGAAAGUUCUUAACCUGAAGCACUAUUUCUGGGUUAACGGAGUCUGUAACCUGAAGUGUAUGCAACCCGAGGUACCACUGUAUUAUUAUUAUUAUUAUUAUUAUUAUUAUUAUUAUUAACCUCUCCAUUCUGAAGGAAAUCAGCCCUGAGUGCUCACUGGAACAGCCCAUAAUAUCUUGUGCUGUAUUCACCACCCUCUGUAGGCACUUCCUAUCAGAUGAUGUCAAACCAGCGUCCCACACCGUGAUGCAGUAGGAAAGGACACUUUCUAUUGUGGACCGGUAGAAGGAGAUCAUCAGAUGUUGAUUGACAUUGUUCUUCCGAAGACUCUGAGGAGAUGGAGUCUCUGUUGGGCUUUCUUAACCACCUGGGUUGUAUUGAUUUUCCAAGUAAGGCCUUCACUGAGAUAAACUCCCAACAGAUGACAUCCAAAGUUAUUCCAAACACUCUUGUUCCAUCUAGUCUGUACCUGAUAACUGCUGUUGGACCUUUAUAUGAGCAUCUAAAUCUGUUUCCACCAACCUAGUGCCAUCCAGAGAUUUUGGAAUACAGCUCCCAUCAGACCCAGUUGUAGUGCAAAACAUCUGGGAGGAACCAGGUUGAUGAAGGGUGAUCUAAACUCUUAUUUAAAUGUCACUGUUAAGUUGUGGGUGAACAUAUCAGACAACACAGCAAUUCUUCAGACAGCUUUUGUUUAUUCGCAGGCCAGAACUGAACUGAAGGGUUCAGCCAGCCUGCUUAUAUAGAGCUCAACUACAAAGCAACAGUAACAACUUUCUCUAACUAUCCAAUCACUGAACGUCACUUUCAAUCCCUUAUUUGCAUAUGCGGACCUGAGGGAAAACUAUCUACAGUAUCCCCCUGCUGGCCCAGGGUGAGAACUUCAGUACAUAACAGUCACCUAAGCUGGUGCCACGAUGAAACAAAAACCGAGAAAGGCCUUUAAAUAUUCCUGUUUGUGUUUGCUAAGGCAGAGGGCAUAAUCCUCCAGGAAUUUCUUCCUCACUGAAAUCUCAUUGAAAUAAAUUGGAGCUGCUGGUACAGGAAAACUUUUUCUAGCGGAUCGUUCCCCAAAACAAGAAGAUGUUUCGGAUGACCCUGCUUUGAGGCGGUGAAGCAGUAGAUUUGAGUUUUCUGCUCUGCGAAUUUGAGCCGGGCUUUUUCGGAAAGACCUUCAGCCUGAGCUUUCUCCCGGAACAACCACAGCGAAGCUCAGCUGAAUGAAUUUGCAAAGAAGCCCAAGGCCUCGUUGUGACUUCUGUUAGGAUUUGGCAAGACGCGACCCAAAAAGUUCUACAAAGUCUGAAGCAAGCGAACAAACAAAACCCACCAGCAUUUUUAGAUUAAAGCAGCACACUUUGCAACACAGCUCAGAUCUGUUGCUGGUGAAUUUAGCCCUUUGUAAAUCACAUUGCCGUACUUUGGAAAGUGUUUGCUGCUGCUGGACGGCUGCAACGGCCAAGGUUGUUGUUUAGGAAACUUCAGUGAAGGUCAAAGUGGGAAGAAUUUUACUGGAUUUAGGAGAUUAGUUCUCAAGUGGAAAGAAGCUGAGCUUUAAAAACUGGGGCUUUCUUGUUCAAUUGGUGUGUUUCUCCCUAAUUGUGAGAGAGUUUGUGUGUGUUUAUUUGGCGUUGCAUCUAUCUCGCCUGUUGCAGCACACUGCAAAUGCAGCCUGAUGCAACUGUAAUCUGUCAUGGAGGUUCCAGUCAAUUAACUCUCCCUUUCCCCUCUCAAUAAUUGGCCUUUGUCUGUUCAAACGGACAGGAUCGGGCUGCUAAAAAAAAAAGCGCCACGGCCGACAAAUCCAUCUUGCCAUUCAAAACGCAGGCAGAGUUUCCACCUUUCCCGAAAUUGCGUCUGCCCUGCAUUCGUUGGGGUGAGCAAACGCUGACAUGAUGGGGCUUGUUAAUUAACUGAGCCCUCUGUAGUCUUUAAUACCCCCAAAACUCACUUUGUCAGCAAAUCUGUGUGCUCCCUGCUGCCCGCCUAUGUCUUAAGUGUUGAUUCUCUGCUGCAUGUUAUGCAACCAAAGCUUUCUCGCAAAAUAUUUGGCUGCAAAUCAAGGGCUCGACUUGAGCUGAAACCGUGUGUGUGAAAUUCAGGGAGAUGGUGGCGGCCACGAUCUUUCUGCAGUAACCGGUGACCAGUGCAGAUGAUGGCACUGCAGCCCUUUGGAUAAAGCUCCUUUCCCCUUUUUCACGGUGGAAUAAGGAACUGAACUCCUUGGCCACCUUACUUCCCGCAGUGGAUGGACGUCCGUCCGGAGCCUGCGCUCAAAGGCUGAGCUGGGAUGGCAGUUCUUUGUGCGCAGGCUUUGUGAAAAUCCUUGGACCCUAUCAGGGCCGGCCCAAGACAUUUUGGCGCCUGAGGCAAACCACAAAACGACAUCUCCUUCCUGCCAGGGGAGAAGGGGUGACUGAAGAGCCACAUCAGGAACAAGGAGGCAAUAAUAAUAAUAAUACAGUCAUACAUCAGGUUGAAUGUGCUUCAGGUUGAGAGCUUUUGGGUUGCACUCCAUGGCAACCCGGAAGUAACAGAGUGCAUGACUUCCGGGUUUUGCCGCUCACGCAUGCGCAGACGUUCAAAAUGACGUCACGCGCAGGCGCGGAAGCGGUAAAACGUGACCCGCACACGUGCAGACGCACCGUCGUGUCUUACGUUCUAUUCAAGAUGCGAACGGGGCCCCGGAACAGAUCCCGUUCGCAUCCUGAGGUACCACUGUAAUAAUAAUUUAUUAUUUAUACCCCACCCAUCUGGCUGGGUUUCCCCAGCCACUCUGGGCAGCUCCCAAAAGAAUAUUAAAAACACAAUACAGCAUCAAACAUUUUAAAACUUCCCUAAACGGGGCCACCUUGAGAUGUCUUUUAAAAGUAAGAUAGUUGCUUAUUUCCUUGACAUCUGCUGGGAGGGCACCACCACCGAGAAGGCCCUCUGCCUGGUUCCCUGUAGCCUUACUUCUUGCAGGGAGGGAACCGCCAGAAGGUCUUCGGAGCUGGACCUCAGUGUCCGGGCAGAACAACGGAGGUGGAGACGCUCCUUCAGGGAUACUGGACCGAGGCCGUUUAGGGCUUGAAAGGUCAGCACCAACACUUCGAAUUGUGGUCAGAAACGUCCUGGGAGCCAAUGCAGAUCUCUCAGAAUAAAGAUCAGCAUUGGGAUCUGCUGCCCCUGUGGAUCCCGCCCCCUGAGGCACUUGCCUCAUCUUGCUUCAUGGUUGGGUCUCCACCCCCAUCGUUCUACCCGGACACUGAGGUCCAGCGCUGAGGGUCUUCUGGCGGUUCCUCCCUGCGAGAAGCCAAAUUACAGGGAACCAGGCAGAGGGCCUUCUCGGUGGUGGUGCCCGCCCUGUGGAAUGCCCUCCCACCAGAUGUCAAAGAGAAAAAGAACUACCAAACUUUUAGAAGAUGUCUGAAGGCAGCCCUGUUUAGAGAAGCUUUUAACGUUUAAUAGGUUAUUGUAUUUUAGUGUUUUGUUGGAAGCCGCCCAGAGUGGCUGGGGAAACUCAGCCAGAUGGGCGGGGUAUAAAUAAUAAAAUUAUUAUUAUCAGUUACUGAAAAGAUAACUGCUGAGAUUUGUGCGGUGGAAGGCAUAGAACCAGCAAAGCAAUUUGAUGCAACCUGGCGGGACUUUACAGCUUACGUUUCAAACACCGAACCUGCACAACUCCUUAUCCGCACCCUAGAGGAAAAGCCAACCCAAGCGUCCAAAUUAGAAUGAAUAAUCUGUGCACAUGGUUAAAGAUCUGAAGAGACAACAAGUUUUUGGGGGAGGAGUUAACGGGGAGGGAGGAAGGGGGGGAAAUUAGGAUAAAUGAGUAGGGACAAAAGUAUAUACCUUUAUGUAUAACUAAUAGGAGGAUGAGUUUGAUGCAGGUUAUUGUUAGAUUUUUCGACUGAAUGCUUUUAUUUUUAUUUUUGUAAGUUAUUCGACAUCCCUGGAUGAAAGUGUGAUCAUAAAGAAUGGGGAAAUAAGUAAAUAAAUAAAUAAAUAAAAUCUGCGCCCUAGAAAGAAAUAUGGCUCUCCUAAAUUAUGUGCCAUACGUAGAAUUGUAUUUCCCAUCUCUUUGUAGAAUCAUAGAAUUGUAGAGUUGGAAGGGACCCUGUGGUCAUCUAGUCCAACUCGCCGUGAUGCAGGAAUCUCAGUUAAAGCAUCCAUGACAGACAGCUAUCCAACCUCUGCUUAAAAACCUCCAAGGAAGGAGAUUCAACCACUUUCCAAGGGGGUCCGUUCCAUUGUCAAACAGCUCUUACUGCUGAGUCUGGAAUCUCCUUCAUUGCAACUUGAAUCCAUUGGUUCUGGUCCUCCACUCUGGAACAGGAGAAAAAGCUUGCUCCAUCUUUCAUAUGACAGGUCUAGAGAUAUUUGAAGGUGGCUAUCCUAUUGAAGGGACGCGGGUGGCGCUGUGGGUUAAACCACAGAGCCUAGGACUUGCCGAUCAGAAGGUUGGCGGUUCGAAUCCCCGUGACGGGGUGAGCUCCCGUUGCUCAGUCCCUGCUCCUGCCAACCUAGCAGUUCAAAAGCACGUCAAAGUGCAAGUAGAUAAAUAGGUACCGCUCCGGCAGGAAGGUAAACGGCGUUUCCGUGCGCUGCUCUGGUUCACCAGAAGCGGCUCAGUCAUGCUGGCCACAUGACCCGGAAGCUGUACGCCGGCUCCCUCGGCCAAUAAAGCGAAAUGAGCGCCACAACCCCAGAGUCGGCCACGACUGGACCUAAUGGUCAGGGGUCCCUUUACCUUUACCUUUAUUCUAUCUCCUCUCAGUCUCCUAUUUCCCAGGCUAAACAUACCCAGCUCCUUCAACUGUUCCUCAUCAGGCUUGGUUUCCAGACCCCUGAUUAUUUUUUUUUUUAUUUAUUUAAUCAUUUUUCAAUACAAACAACAACUGCAAAAGACACAUACAACAAAAACCAUAAUAACACUAACUACAUAAUUUGACAAUUCAGAUUUGAAUACACUGAUAUACCUACGACUACACCUUUUUAACAAUAUUUCCCCCUCUCUCUCUCCUUCCCCAACUUCCCACCACAAUCCGCCUUAUCGCUUAAAUAUUCCUUCCAGAUUUCUUCAUGUUUAUCCAUUCUUAAUUUGCGUCGACAUGCAAUUCGUUUGUAUGCAGCUAAUCUGUCCAUAUUAUCAUUCCAUGUGCUCAAUGGAAUCUUUUCACGGCUCUUCCAAUUCAUCAAAACAAGUUUUUUUGCUUCUAAUAUAGCAUGGUACAUCCAUUUUUUUUGACCCCUUGUAAUCUCCCACGUUUCCUGGAAUAUAAUUUAGAAUUAAAUUCAAUUCCCCUAAAUAACAAUUUCUUUUUUCUCCCUUGCGCGUCUUCCAGCUUGUCAGUAUCCUUCUUCAAUUGUGGCACCGCUCCUCUUUGAUGACUUUCCGUGCUCUAGUGUUAAAAUUUUAAAAAGAAGGAAAGAAAUGCAGUUUUAUAACGCUUUGGUAUCUGAGGCAUUUUUAUGCACCCAGGCAGUGAGGCUUUCUUCAGUAGAAUCCAGUAAGAGCUACGUCGUGUGAUUUAUUCUGAUGGUCUUCCUGUCGAAGAUGAUUCCUUGCUCUCCACACCUCCAGGAUUAUAUUAACCAGCUUUGAAUCCCUUGACGUCUGCGUAAUCUCGCAGAAUUCAGACAAUGCGUCUCUUCUCCUUUCCAAUUAUUUUCAGGUUGUGUGUUGUAUCCCCGAAAGAGAGAAUAGACACCAGGCAUGUCCUUCAAUUAAUCUGGGUCUGAGAGAAAACCAGGAGGGGAUACAGAAUCCGGCCUCUGGCCAUAAAUAGAGCGAGGCAGCCUAUAUCCAUAGCUGUCAACCGUCCCUUAUUUGGCGGGAAAGUCCCUUAUCCCAGCGCUGUGUCCUGCUGCUGUCCCUUACUGAUGAUGUCCCUUAAAUUUCCCGGGUUUCAAAGGAAGCAGCUCCUCUCCCUCCCUCCCUGCCGGCCAGGAAGGAGGGAGGCUCCAACUGUGUUGCUUGGCUGCGUUGCUCACCCAAUAAGGAGUUGGAGAACGACUGGGGGGUGGAGCUUGCAUGCCUUGUGCCGAUCAAAUCGGCCGCGUUGCCUGGGGACUCGCCUUUGCUCAGCGCUUCCCAGCGGAGAGGUGACGGUGGUUUUCCUUGCUGCAUCCCCUUUGCCGGGUUGCUGCGCUGUGGGAACCACUGUGUGCUGGUCCAGGGGGAGGUUACCGUGGGGCGAGGUCCAGGACCUGAGUCGAGGGUCGGCAGACAGUCCUCCACGGGCGAAGCGGGGUUCACAGCGAGGAGCUGGGCAAGGACAGGAACUCUGGGGGAACAGGACUGGGUGCUGGCCGAAACAGCUCUUCAACGACGUUGCUCCUGCAACCUGGGACCGGGCUGACUGGCCUUUAUCUUCUCUGAGGCCAGGGGCAGUCCCGGCCCCCAGGUGACCCGCCUCUCCUGGCCUUAAGGCGAGCACUCCUCCUGGGAGAAACCAGUUCCCUCCGCCUCUCUGCCCUGAGCCUCUGCAGCUCAGGAGAGGCUGGAGGGUUACUGGACCCAGGGGGAGACUCACAUUCCCCUGACAGGGCUGGGAGAGGCGCACCUGUAGGCAAUGGGCCCUCAAUCACCUCUGGAGCCAGAGUGGAUUCAUCUGGUCUCUGCUCUUGAGGAUCCGGCACAGGUGCAGGCACUUCAGAAUCAAGGCCCUGCCCCAGCUCAGCCAGCCCUGGAGGCGGGGACUCCUGUGCAGGCUGGGAUUCUUCCGGUUCAGCCUCUGAAUCGGAUUCCCAGGCCAUCACACACCGCUUGAGGCUUCAUUUGGCUGCUGGUUGACUAAAAUCCCUUAUUUUGGCUGCUGGUCCCUUAUUUUCGAGGCUGCUGGUCCCUUAUUUUCAAAUCUGUAAGUUGACAGCUAUGCCUAUAUCACUCCUUAAGGACUAGAAACCUGCAGCCAAAGAUUUGGUACUUGCCUGUGAUCAGAAUGAGCGAACGGCUUCUAAAAUUCAGGAAUGUGAGAAUAAAGACCCGGCGGUCAGUAAUCUCAGUUUGACCCUUUGAACCGGCACCUUCUGUUACUGUUAUUCCAGAGUUGCGAGUUCGAGUUCUGCAACCCUGAGUGGCUUCGGGCCAAUUGCUCUCUUUACUGUUUGGCUUCCAAAAUGAGGGUAGCAGCUUCCCUGCAAAUGAUGAGGGCGUACAGACAAGGCUUGAGCGGACCUUGGAGGUGCAGUAGAAAUAAACCGUUGUUUUUUUUUUUAAAGGAUGGAAGUCAAUAGCUAAUGGUUAAAAGCUCUUCAGUGAGUGGCAGUCCUUCUCCUCUCCCCUAUUCCACGAAUUGUUUGUGCCCCAGUAAUAUUCUAUAGGGGAAAAGAGCCCUGAUAGUAGCCUAAGGGGACUCUGUCCCAUGUAGGUCAUAGCUUAGCCAGCGGCCAUCAUUAAAAGGCUAAUGGGUGCUAUGAAUGGGGUUAGAAACUUGCUCCAGCCUAGGCAGAGACAUCACCUUGCCAACAAAGGUCCGUAUAGUUCAAGCUAUGGUUUUCCCAGUAGUGAUGUAUGGAAGUGAGAGCUGGACCAUCAAGAAGGCUGAUCGCCAAAGAAUGGAUGCUUUUGAAUUCUGGUGCUGGAGGAGACUCUUGAGAGUCCCAUGGACUGCAAGAAGAUCCAACCUCUCUAUUCUGAAGGAAAUCAGCCCUGAGUGCUCACUGGAAGGACAGAUCCUGAAGCUGAGGCUCCAAGACUUUGGCCACCUCAGGAGAAGAGAAGACUCCCUGGAAAAGACCCUGAUGUUGGGAAAGAUGGAGGGCACAAGGAGAAGGGGACGACAGAGGACGAGAUGGUGGGACAGUGUUCUCGAAGCCACCAGCAUGAGUUUCACCAAACUGCGGGAGGCAGUGGAAGACAGGAGUGCCUGGUGUGCUCUGGUCCAGGGGGUGACGAAGAGGCAGACACGACUAAACAACAACAAGAAAAGGCUCAAUUGCAUCCCACAAAGAUCCUGACAUCACGAUCCCUUUGGGACAUGUCUAGCAGAAGUCAGGAAAGAUCAACGUCCCGGUACCUAACACCUGUCAAACUAGCAAAAAUGUAUAGGACGAGUAGUAAAAUCUGUUGGAAAUGUAAAGAGAAAGAUGGAGAUUUUUUCCACAUGUGGUGGACAUGUGAGAAAACGAAACAAUUUUGGGAACUGAUUUAUAAUGUACUGAAAAAGAUGUUUAAAUAUACUUUCCCCCAAAAAAUGGAAGCCUUUUUUGCUGGGCUUGAUGGGAGAGGAAAUUGAAAAAGUAGAUCAGAGACUAUUUAUGUACGCUAUGACUGCUGCCAGAACUUUGUUAGCCCCAAAAUGGAAAGUACAGGAAUUACCAACGGUGGAGGAGUUCAGACGAAGAUGGUAGAUUAUGCAGAAUUAGCAAAACUGACCUAGAGGAUCCAAAAUCAAGAGGAAACAAAUUUUCAAAGAGAUUGGAGUAAAUUUAUGGACUAUAUAAGUAAAAACUGUAGAAAUUUGAAGACGUUAGCAUAUCAUAUGACAUGGACUGGUUAUUAUUAAGGAACUGUGGAAAGGGAAUUGAAGUAAGAAAACCUGCUGAAGGGAGGGAGGGAAGUCAGUGCUUGUUAGAGGGGUGAGAAAGAUAAUAACAAAUGGUCAUGAAAUGUUAUUGUAUUUUGUUGGUUUAUGUGAAAUGAAAAACUAAUGAAAAUCAUAUGCAAAAAAAAGAAAAGAAAGAAAGAUGGACGUCCCUCCUAUCUUGCUCUCCCAAGCCACGAUCUUCACUGGCUCGACUUUGCUGAAAUAAUAAUAAUAAAUAAUAAAUAAUUUAUUAUUUCUACCCUGCCCAUCUGGCUGAGUUUCCCCAGCCACUCUGGGCGGCUCCCAAUCGAGUGUUAAAAACAAUAAAGCACUAAAUAUUAAAAACUUCCCCAAACAGGGCUGCCUUCAGAUGUCUUUUAAAAAUAGGAUAGCUGCUUAUUUCCUUGACACCUGAUGGGAGGGCGUUCCACAGGGCGGGCGCCACCACCGAGAAGGCCCUCUGCCUGGUUCCCUGUAACCUCACUUCUCGCAAUGAGGGAACCGCCAGAAGGCCCUCAGAGCUGGACCUCAGUGUCUGGGCUGAAGGAUGGGGGUGGAGACGCUCCUGUUGGUUUCUGUGUGUUGCCACUGUGCCGUGCUCUUGGAGUCACAAGACUCUGUUUUGCAUUCCAGAGAUUCCAGGCUGUGGGAAGUCUCACGGAAGACAGGAGAUGGAUGUGACGUUACUGGUUUCCUGUUCCUUUGUUUAUCAGUUGCUCUCUGCUCUCACAGAGAAAGCAUGUAUAUUUCUUUUCUGUCUGCGUAGUUAGAAAUAAAACACUCUUUGGAAUGUAGCUCAUACUAUCUCGGCUCCUUCCCUGCAUGCUGGAUACUCUGCGUAAUGGGGGAACGUGGUUGGAGCCUCAUCAAAGGCUCAGGUCGUUAAUCACGUCAGAGGACUCAACCGGAAGAGUCGCUCGGUCGAAUGCAAGUCCGACAGGACGGAGGUCUCUGAACUCCCUUGGUCGUCCAGAUGGAGAAUAGAGAGGUUGUGCAGAAACUAGCCUACUGCACAAAGAUCAAAAUUGCCUCCGUUGCUCUGCCUGUUUUUGCCUCUGGCCCCACCCACCCCGGAACAAGACCCCUCAGAAGAUUCUCCAUAAAUGAAUGCGGACUUUGGGGUGAAAAAGUGUCUCCCCCCCUCCCCCGUGGUGUUAGGACUAUUGUACCCAAGGCCACUGUUCUGUAGGGACUGAAUAUUGUGGUUGAAAACUGCUUUUUUGAGGGUGGUGGGCGAUUCUCAGCCUCCGCCAGCCAUUGGCUGAGUUGCUCUGAUGUCAUAGAAGGCUUCAAAUUGAACCAUGCUGUUGCAAUGAGGGGGAAAUGGGUGCCUGGUUUUUGCUAGGGGACAAUAUUUUUUUUGUAACGGGGUGGCCGUGUGUUGCAAGGGGGCGGAAAAGGAGAUGGGGGGGCUGAGGGGUUUGAGGCAGGGUCCCACAAAGGACCUAGCAAUGAGCAACAGAGUCUUUGUGGUGUUUGGGUCACUAUCCCAGUACUAGAAAGUUGACUCAUCUAUUGAUUGCUCGAUUCUGAUUGCUGGACUUUUCCGCAGUGCCCAUUUCACAGAGCGGGGAAGUCGAGUCACAGGGAGAGCUAUUCCACAGCUGUUGGAUAGGAACCCAUUUUUCUAGUUCCCGUUACGUAUCACUGGGUCACCUCAGCGUAUGUGUGUCCUGCCGUCUGCUAUGCCAGCCUCAGCUAACUUGGGUCUUCUGUUUCAGGGCUCGGUGGACUGCCCCAACCUGGAGUUUGAGUACGGGGACUCCGAAAUCUAUGCUGCCGAACUGUCAGGUAAAAUAGUACAUGCGGGGAUGGUGGCGCACUGAGCUCCCUUUGCUGCAAGGAAGGGGAGCUCAGAAGAGCAUAAGGAGAGGCUCCAGCUGGAUCAGGCCCAUGGCCUGUCUAGUCCAGCAUCCUCUUCUCUCAGUGGCCAACCAGAUGCGUCAAUGGGAAACCUGCAGGCAGGAUUCAAGCACCAGGGCAACACCCCCCUCCGCCCUGGAUAGCCAUUGUGGCUGGUCGCCAAGAGCCUUCUCCACCUCCAUGAGUCUGCCUCAUCCACACCCUUUUCCUGGGGCCACACCCCUUCCCCUUAAGUCACAAAACCUCUGGACCACAUCCCCUCCUCAGGCCGCGCCCUCUCUGAAGCACACCUUUCCCUGGCCACACCCUUUCCCCUAGGCCACACCCCUCUACCACACCCCUGGACAACACAUGUCCCCCUAGGCCACUCCCCUCUGGACCACAUCAUCUCAGGCCACGCCCUCUCUGAAGCACACCUUCCCCUGGCCACACCCCUUCUCUUAGGCCACACCCCUCUGGACCACAACCCUUCCCCUGGACCCCACCCCUUUCUCCCAGGCCACGCCCCUUCCCCUGCCCUGCUUCGCACCUUCCUUGAGCACUUUUGCCGGACUGGGAUGUUUCCUUGAUCCUUAACCGUUUGAUGCCUCUUGUUUGUGUCGAUGGAGCUUAAAAAGGUAAAGGUAAAGGGACCCCUCACCAUUAGGUCCAGUCGUGGCCGACUCUGGGGUUGCGGUGCUCAUCUCGCUUUAUUGGCCGAGGGAGCCGGCGUACAGCUUCCGGGUCAUGUGGCCAGCAUGACUAAGCCGCUUCUGGCGAACCAGAGCAGCGCACGGAAAUGCCGUUUACCUUCCCGCCAGAGCAGUACCUAUUUAUCUACUUGCACUUUGACGUGCUUUUGAACUGCUAGGUUGGCAGGAGCAGGGACCGAGCAACGGGAGCUCACACCGUCGCGAGGAUUCGAACCGCCAACCUUCUGAUCAGCAAGUCCUAGGCUCUGUGGUUUAACCCACAGGGCCACCCGUGUCGAUGGCGCUUACAAUCAGUCAAUAUCAGUUUUGUUGUUCUAGCCAGAGGCCGUGACAAACCCUCAGCAACAGGAACAAUAGUCUGUCCGUCUGUCUGUCUGUCUGUCCGCCCAUCCCUGUGCAGAAACUGGCCUUCUGAACAGAAGUAAAAUUCACAUUCUUCGCUCCACCCACAUUUAUCUAGUUAUUUAUUUCAUAAUAUUUAUAUGCACUUGACUCUUUUUUAAAAAACAAAAACCCGAAAACCUCAAAGCCGUCUCCAAAAAGAUAAAACAAUUACCAUAUUUUUUGCUCUAUAAGACUCACUUUUUUCCUCCUAAAAAGAAAGGGGAAAUGUGUGUGCGUCUUAUGGAGUGAAUGCAGGCUGUGCAGCUAUCCCAGAAGCCAGAACAGCAAGAGGGAUUGCUGCUUUCACUGCGCAGCGAUCCCUCUUGCUGUUUUGGCUUCUGAGAUUCAGAAUAUUUUUUUUCUUGUUUUCCUCCUCCAAAAACUAGGUGCGUCUUGUGGUCUGGUGCGUCUUAUAGAGCGAAAAAUACGGUAAAUGUAAGAACAAUCCUCAGGCCUGCUUUAAAACAUGCAAAGGUUAUAAUACAGAAGCCGGUUAAAAUCAAAUCAACUUUCUAAGCAUCUGGGUCGGCUUGUCCAAACAGAAAUGUUUUUCAGCAGCCCAGGGGAAUAUUCUGCAAAAAAAUGAUGACAUUGCAUUUGGCGUUCCAAACUGUUGAUGAAAAUGCAGAUGGGAAAAAGCGAGGAGAGCGCAUCAUGCUGUAAAACAGAAAACCUCCCCAUGUAUUCGCACAAACUGCCCUGCUUCUCUCUGCCUAUGUAGGUCAGCUGUUCUCUUCUGUGGGGCGGAAUUUGCUUCCGAAAAAUGAACGCCCUUCGUUGUAACACACUGUAUUAGUUUAUUUGACGAGGUCGUUUUCCAGGAUAUCGAAAGCUCGCGGUUUGGGAUUUGGAUGUCUUCCGUCAGCUCACUGCCCACCCCGCUGUUUCGGCUGCUAGCAGAAAAAACAAACCCAUCACUUCUUAUCUCUCUUAAACUGUGUGCAUGUUAGGAUUUGCUGCGAGGAGAGAGACCCCACUGCAUAAGAGCUGCCCAAGAAGUAAUUAAGCUUAAGUUCUGCAGCAGCUGAGUAAAUGCAGAAAUUCCCCCCUGCACACAAACAGCUGCCUCCUUUCCUCUGCUUUCUCCCCUCACACAGAUUUCUAGGCUGUAAGCUCCUUGGGGCAGAGAGCUUUCCCACUGGGCCUUAUAAAAGCACCAGGCGUAACCUGAGUCCCACACAGUGCCAGGUUUACGUAUAAGCUAGACAAGCUAUAGCUUAGGGCCCCACUCUCUUGGGGGCCCCCAAAAAAUUUAAAGGGGAAAAAACCUGGAUGUACAUUUCCAAAAUAUAAGAUAAAAAACAAAUAAAAUAAAACCUACAUACAGCAACAGUGUUUUGUGUUGUGUAGGCUCCUAUGAUGUAAGACAUGGGUCCCGUCUGCUCCCUAAAAUAUCACUGGUUUGCUCAUUUCUAUAUAUAGGGUAGAAGCGACGCAAGUGGCGCUGUGGGUUAAACCACAGAGCCUAGGACUUGCCGAUCAGAAGGUUGGCGGUUCGAAUCCCCGUGACGGGGUGAGCUCCCGUUGCUCGGUCCCUGCUCCUGCCAACCUAGCAGUUCAAAAGCACGUCAAAGUGCAAGUAGAUAAAUAGGUACCGCUCCGGCGGGAAGGUAAACGGCGUUUCCGUGCGCUGCUCUGUUUCGCCAGAAGCGGCUUAGUCAUGCUGGCCACAAGACCCAGAAGCUGUACACCAGCUCCCUCGGCCAGUAAAGUGAGAUGAGCGCCGCAACCCCAGAGUCGGCUACGACUGGACCUAAUGGUCAGGGGUCCCUUUACCUUUACCUUUACAUUCUGCAUGGACUGGUUGCGUGGCCACAUGUGCAAAUGGCUUUAGAUACCUAUUAGGUCCAUAAAUUACCAUAUAGCAUAUCACACAAAAAACAGUGAUAGUUUGUUGUUGACAAAGGACAACUUGACAUAUAAAGGGCACCAUUACCUUCAGGAGCUUAGGGCAGGCAUAGGCAACCUCGGCCCUCCAGAUGUUUUGGGACUACAACUCCCAUCAUCCCUAGCUAGCAGGACCAGUGGUCAGGGAUGAUGGGAGUUGUAGUCCCAAAACAUCUGGAGGGCCGAGGUUCCCUAUGCCUGGCUUAGGGCCUCAUCAACCCUAAAUCCGGCCCUGGUCCCAUGUUUGAAUUUAGGGGAGUGAUGCCUGGGAGAAGGGAGAUUUGGGAUGUGGUGGAGAUUCUGUGGGAAUCUCCCCUGCCAAGGCUUGCCAGACGCCAUUUUCAUAGAAUCACAGAAUUGUAGAGGGAACCCUGAGGAUCAUCUAGUCCAACCCCCUUUAGUGCAGGAAGUUGCGGCAUCUUUGAUGCUGGGCAAACCCCUUGGAAACAACAACAACAACAACAACAACAACAACAAUAAUUUAUUAUUUGUGCCCUGCCCAUCCGGCUGGGUCUCGCCGGCAACUCUGGGCAGUUUCCAACAAAGAUUAAAAAUACAUUAAAAUGUCAGACAUUAAAAACUUCCCUGGACUUCCGGGUCAGCGCCAUCGGUGAAUGGCGGAGUUCCUCCAAUCGGAGGAAUGGGCUACGUGGAAAUUGGGUCUACCCGCCGCGGCGAAGGUGGGGACCCGCUAGAAAUCCCAGGCGGAGGAAGCCUGGGAACGUGGGGUUCGGCAGGGCACCAGGAGCGCCCCCCCACGCACCGGGAACCCCAUUUUGGGGCUCCGGAGUGAAGUGGGGUGAGCGGCGCGGUGCUGCGAACUGAUUGCUAUUUUUACGGAGUGAAGCCGCACAGCCAUCGCCGGAGAGCGCUGACUUUUUCCUGUGGACAAUUGGAUUUAAAACAAGUACCUGGCCAAGGGAGCUGGCGUACAGCUUCCGGGUCAUGUGGCCAGCAUGACUAAGCCGCUUCUGGCGAACCAGAGCAGCGCAUGGAAACGCCGUUUACCUUCCCUCCAGAGCGGUACCUAUUUAUCUACUUGCACUCUGAUGUGCUUUCGAACUGCUAGGUUGGCCGGAGCAGGGACCGAGCAACGGGAGCUCACCCCGUUGCGGGGAUUCGAACAGCCGACCUUUUGAUCGGCAAGCCCUAGGCUCUGUGGUUUAACCCACAGCACCCCCCGUGUCCCCAUAAAUGUUUUAUAGAUGGUACUUAACACCUACCAAAAUAGCUAAAACGUAUAAGACAGAAACAAAUCUGUGCUGGAGGUGUGGUAAAACAGAGGGGACACUUAUACGUGUUUGGUGGACCUGUGAAAAAAUCAAAAGCUUCUGGAACAUAGUAUAUGACGAGCUUUAAAAAAUGUUUAAGUAUAACCUUAUGAAAAAUACAGAAGCUUUUCUACUCGGGAUAACGGACACAGGCAUAGCAAGAGAAGAUCAGAAAAUAUUCCUCUAUGCCACAGGAGCGGCAAGGAUCCUAAUUGCUAAAAACUGGGAAAAAGAAACUGUGCCAACAAAAAAGGAAUGGCAAGACAAACUGUUAGAGAAUAUUGAACUGGCUAGAUUAACAGAGGCAAUUAGAGAUCACACAAGACAAGAGUUUCAAAAAGCAUGGAGAAAAUGCAGAGAAUACUUCACAAAACAGUGCCCUAAAAUACAUACCUGGACUUGUUUCGAUUAAUGUCUGCAGGAGACUUUGUGGAUAUUUAAGUUAUAAUUAGAAAAAUCUUAAUAAUUACUCAUAAAGGAAACAGCUUAUAAGAAGUAAAUAAGGAGGCCAGGUACAGGACAAAGGAAGUCUUUUAUUUGGUUGUUUGUAUUGUUGUAUGUUAUGCUUAUUGUAUGUUAUGUUCACAUUUAAUGAGGGUGGAUUUCUGUAUUGGGGGUGGGGGGUGUAUGUUAUGUUGUAAAUAAAAUUUCCAAUAAAAAUUUAUAUAUAUAAAAAAGAGAGAGACUCUGCAUCUCAGGGUUGUGAGUCAGAGCCUCACGUCGGGAAAAAUAUUCCUGCAUUGCGCGGGGUUGGGCUAGAUGACCCUUGCUGUCCCUUCCAGGGUGAAUUUGAUUUAAAUCAAAUCAAUUUAAAUCACUAGUUGGUAAGACUUGAUUUAAAUCAUAUAUUUUUAACAGAAAGGCUCGUUCUUGCUAGUAUAAUCUUAAUAUUUACAACUAUUUUUUGUGAAUAAUAAAUUAUCCGAGUAGUUUUUACAGUUAUAUCAGAAAUUACUGAUUUGGUUAUAUAUAUAUAUUUUAAAAUAUCAACAACCUCAGAUAUGCAGAUGACACAACCUUGAUGGCAGAAAGCGAGGAGGAAUUAAAGAACCUUUUAAUGAGGGUGAAAAAGGAGAGCGCAAAAUAUGGGCUGAAGCUCAACAUCAAAAAAAGAAUCAUGGCCACUGGGCCCAUCACCUCCUGGCAAAUAGAAGAGGAAGAAAUGGAGGCAGUGAGAGAUUUUACUUUCUCGGGCUCCAUGAUCACUGCAGAUGGUGACAGCAGCCGUGAAAUUAAAAGACGCCUGCUUCUUGGGAGAAAAGCGAUGACAAACCUAGACAGCAUCUUAAAAAGCAGAGACAUCACCUUGCCAACAAAGGUCCGUAUAGUAAAAGCUAUGGUUUUCCCAGUAGUGAUGUAUGGAAGUGAGAGCUGGACCAUAAAGAAGGCUGAUCGCUGAAGAAUUGAUGCUUUUGAAUUCUGGUGCUGGAGGAGACUCUUGAGAGUCGCAUGGACUGCAAGAAGAUCCAACCUCUCCAUUCUGAAGGAAAUCAGCCCUGAGUGCUCACUGGAAGGACAGAUCCUGAAGCUGAGGCUCCAAGACUUUGGCCACCUCAUGAGAAGAGAAGACUCCCUGGAAAAGACCCUGAUGUUGGGAAAGAUGGAGGGCACAAGGAGAAGGGGACGACAGAGGACGAGAUGGUGGGACAGUGUUCUCAAAGCUACCAGCAUGAGUUUGACCAAACUGCGGGAGGCAGUGGAAGACAGGAGGGCCUGGCGUGCUCUGGUCCAGGGGGUCACGAAGAGUCGGACACAACAGUAUAAUGGCCCAACUACUCCAGCAUCCCUGCUCCCACAGUGGCUGAACACUCGCCUGUGGGAAACCCGCCAGCAGGAUUUGAACGCAAGACCAACUCUCCCCUUCUGAGGUUUCCAGCAACGGGGGUUCAAAAGCGUUGCUGCCUUCAACUGUGGAAGGCAGAGCAUAGCCAUUGUGGCUAGGAGCCACCGAUAGCCUUCCUUCUCCCCAGUGAAUUUGUCUAAUCCAUUUGCCCUCCUGCAACAGGCAUUCCAGCCCGCCAGCGACAAGAGGCCCCUGAGCUAAAAAUAGGAAGUCCCUCUUGCAGAGGGCUUGGCAGUCGCAUGAACAUGCAUGCGCGUUCGUUCACACAUGUGCCAAGGCCUCUCCCCAAAGCAGCAAAUGAGAAUAAUCGAAAUUUAUUUAUUUUUUCCAAAAAAAAUAUAUUAGUUUUCACAAUAUUAUAAACAAACAAACAAACAAACAAACACACAAGACAAACAAACACAAAUCAUAGCCUUAUUGAAAAUUACACUUAUUAACUUUGUUAAGUGACCUCCUCGCUUCCCCUUGGUUGAAUUUCAUUGCAUGUCCUUUUAACGGUUUUCCAAAUCCCAAUUCUUAUGAAAUUUGACUUAAACAUUAAUAUCCGUAAAUCUUCACCUUAUGGAAUUAAACAUAUUAAUUCAUCACUUGACAUAAAUAAAUUCCCAAGCCAAUUAAGUAUCUGCAAGUUGUUUUCAGUUAAUUUAACUUAACAAAUUUAACUAGAUAAUCAUUAAAUUUAUUCCACUCUUCCUGAUACUCCUCCUUCUGGUCGCAGACUCUUCUGGUUAGGUCGGCUAGCUCCGAAAAAUCCAUCAUCUUCAUCUGCCAUUCUUCUAUCGUUGGUAAUUCUUGGUGCUUUCCACUUUUUAGCUAACAAAAUACGAGCAGCAGUUGUGGCAUACAAAAAUAAUUUAACAUCUUUCUAAUAAUCGAAAUUUAAACUGCCAAUGCCAUAAUGCCAUUGGGCGAGUCUGCGCUGCGAAGGCAUUUGGAAUAUUGUGUGUGGUUCGGGUCGCCUCACCUUGGAAUAGAUAUCGCAGAAUGGGGCAGCCGAAAAGGUCAAGGAGACAGAGCGACUCCCCUAGGAGCAAAGGCUGAAAAAAACUGACAAAAGAAAGGACAGAUAAGAGGAAAUACUUCUUCAUGUAGCGCAUCUGUGGAACUCAUUGCCACAAGAGGCAGCGAUGGCCAUUGAUUUGGAUGGAUCUAAAAGCAUCACCUGGAAAGCCCUGGGUUAGAAUCGUAGAAUUGUAGUUCUCGCAUUUCAAACCAGGCAUAGGCAAACUCGGCCCUCCAGCUGUUUUGGGACUACAACUCCCAUCAUGCCUAGCUAACAGGACCAGGGAUGAUGGGAGUUGUAGUCCCAAAACAUCUGGAGGGCCGGACCAGAAGGAGGAGGAGCACCAGGAAGAAUGGAAGAAUUUCAAAGGCUAUUUACUCAAAUAUGCUAAGAUAAAUUAAAUAGAAUAACUUGCAAAAUAAUAGAUAGGCUAAGGAUUUAAAUAUGUGAAGUUAUAGAAUAACAUGUUUAAAGUUAAGAUGAAAAGAGACAAAGAUGUUAAGAGGAUUGAGUAAAUUUUAUGAGAUUUUAUUUUGGAAAACCGUUACAAUGAUAUAUAAUGAAAUUCAGUCAAGGGAAUUUGAGGAAAUCAUUUAACAAUGUUACUAAGAUUGGAUCAAGUUCAGUUAUGAUUUUUGUUUGUUUGUUUGUUUAAAAUUUUGGAAAAUCAAUAAAAUUUUUGAGAAGAAAAAAACAUCUGGAGGGCCGAGUUUGCCUAGGCCUCUUUCAAACCUUCCUUCCUCCUCUUUCUGUGGUUCAUUAAAUUUAUUCUUAUCAUUUCCUGCACAUUGAGUUAGAACUGUUGUUAAACUAUUGAAACGUAUAUAAAUGGAAGCUAUAAAUAAAAUUAUUUUUAUUUAUUUUUUAAAGAAUCCUAGGAUUUUAGAUGUGGAAGGGACCCUGAGGGUCCUCUAGCCCACCCCCCUGCAGUGCAGGAAUCUCUUGCCCAACAUAGGGCUCGAACCCACGGCGCUGAGAUGAAGAGUCUCAUGCUCUACCGACUGAGCUACCUUGCUUGCCCUGCUCUUAGGAUGGGCAGUGUUAAGUUGUGGGUGAACAUAUCAGACGACACAGCGAUUCUUCAAACAGCUCUUGUUUAUUCACAGGCCAGAACAGAACUGAACUGAAGGGUUCAGUCAACCUGCCUAUAUAGAGCUCCAGUACAACGCAACUGUAACAACUUUCUAAAACUAUCCAAUCACUGAACGUCACAUUCGAUCCUUCAUUUGCAUAGCUAUCUACAGUAUCCCCCUGCUGGCCCAGGGUGAGAACUUCAGUACAUAACAGGCAGGGACGGUGGCUCUGGCAGGUGCUAAUUCGUCUCCCCCUCUUUCCCCCUUCUCCGACAGAACUGUACAGCUACACAGAGGAGCCAGAGUUUGCCACCAACAAGAAGUGCUUUGAAGAGGAUUUCCAAACACAAGGUAUCUUUCAAUUUUAUUAUUACGGUCCCAGACCAGUUCCAGCUCACUUACAAUAUCGGGAAAAUCGUAAAACACAACAGGAAUACAUUGAAUUGCAGUUGGGUAUAACAGACAAUUCAGAUAUAGCGGCAGUUAAAAAUCUUGAUCACUAAAAUAUAACCUAAAAUUGUCAUGUAAAACCUUAAUCAUUUUGGUAGUACAGCUUGUUCUCUAAGUUUUACGGCAGUCGCACAGAAUUUGGCCACCCUUAGUGUGAACUCUAGAUCCUUCUCCUCUACCAGGAGUUUUAGACAUUGAAGUUUGGAUCCCUUUGGAAUGUUUUCUCAUUUCUCCUGAAAGUUAAUAGCGAUGGAGACAGGCGCACCUUGCCAGGGAAGGCAUGCCACGAGCAGGGAGCCACCGCUGAAAAGGCCCUGCCAUGGUUCAGUGCCAACCAGGGAACUCCCGGUGGAGUUAGCUGAACUCCUGGAAAGGGGCUAGGGAAAAGGGGGGGGGCAUUUGGCAGUGAUGUUCAGACUUUGGUUUUUUGGGUCCUUCUUUUCCGACAGCGAAGGACAAGCAGUGGUCGGAGCUGGACGUGGCUCAGCAGAAGGCCUAUGUGAUGCGGCUGCUGGAUGGGCUGGAAGUAGUCAACAGAGAGAAGAGGCUGAAAGUCGCCCGGGCGAUCCUCUACUUGGCACAAGGUAACCAAGUCGUCUUGGUCUGGGUGGAAACAGCAGCCCAAAUGCAGCGUGCUUUUGGGACAGAACAUUUUCUCUUUAAGAGAAAGUAGAUGAAAUGUAUUAUUGAACACAAGCCAAAAUCACAGGUACCAGCUGUACUCAGCUUCCCGGAAGGAAUAACCCAAACAUCAGAAACCUUCUGCCUGCUUCUUUCACAUAGAAAGAAACCUUCCAGAAGCCUCUUGAGCUAAGUAGAAUAGGGAAGAUCUCUGCACACCAGAUCAAUACAUUCUGUACUUAGAAAUGCAAAUUGACAGCAUCGUCUCAUGUCUCAUGCCCCCCCUCCCUUACUGGCUUUUUUCCUCCCCUCCUCUCUUCUUCCCAGGGGUCUUUGGGGAGUGCGACACAGAGGCAGAUGUACUCCGCUGGUCCCGGCACAACAACUUCCUCCUGUACCAGAUGGGGACCUUCACUGCCUUCCUGGAGUUGCUGAACAUGGAGAUGGCGUAAGAUAUCUUCUGAAAACAGGAUCUGAAGCUGGCAUUUUAGUGCGGGCUCCUUUUGACUCUGUUCCUGGAAAUUGCUAUUUCAAUUUUUUAAAAAUAAAUAAAUCAGGUGUGCAUUGGGGAGGGGGAGUUCUGCUUCACAAAAACUCACAGACUGACCUGUGGAACUCAUUGCUGCAGGCUACGGUGUGGCGAGAGCAACCUGUGCAAGGACUGGGUAGGUGAAGCAAUGGUGGACAACGCAUCGGGGACCACCCUGGUCGCCGGACGAGGGGUUUGAGGGAUGGAAAUAUGUUUCAGUGGCAGCAGAACUGUCAAAGAUCUGCUUGGACUACUGCAAUGCGCUCUAUGUGGGGCUACCUUUGAAGGUGACCCAGAAACUACAACUAAUCCAGAAUGUGGCAGCUAGACUGGUGACUGGGAGCGGCCGCCGAGACCAUAUAACACUGGUCCUGAAAGACCUCCAUUGGCUCCCAGUACGUUUCCAUGGUGUUGACCUUUAAAAAGCCCUAAACGGCCUCGGUCCAGUAUAUCUGAAGGAGCAUCUCCACCCCCAUCGUUCUACCUGGACACUGAGGUCCAGCGCUGAGGGCCUCCUGGCGGUUCCCUCACUGCGAGAAGCCAAGUUACAGGGAACCAGGCAGAGGGCCUUCUUGGUGGUGGCGCCCGCCCUGUGGAACGCCCUCCCACCAGAUGUCAAAGAGAAGAACAACUAUCAGAGUGGCUGGGGAAACCCAGCCAGAUGGGUGGGGUAUAAAUAAUAAAUUAUUAUUAUUAUUAUUAUUAUUAUUAUUAUUAUUAUUAUUAUUGUUAUUAUUAUAUUCCCCCCCAACACACACUCAUGCACUCAUGAGCAGCCAGAUUCUGUAGUCUAGUUGGUGCCAUUGAGGAGGAAGAGCUUGACAAAUUAUGGAGUGGCUGCUCUCUCGCAUAGCUAGGGCAUUACAUAUAAAAGCCCUACUAUAGGCUAAAGUAAGGACGCGGGUGGCGCUGUGGGUUAAACCACAGAGCCUAGGGCUUGCCGAUCAGAAGGUUGGCAGUUCGAAUCCCCGUGACGGGGUGAGCUCCCGUUGCUCGGUCCCUGCUCCUGCCAACCUAGCAGUUUGAAAGCAUGUUAAAGUGCAAGUAGAUACACAGGUACCGCUUCAGCGGGAACGUAAACAGCGUUUCCGUGUGCUGCUCUGGUUCUCCAGAAGCGGCUUAGUCAUGCUGGCCACAGACCCGGAAGCUGUAUGCCGGCUCCCUCGGCCAAUAAAGUGAGAUGAGCGCUGCAACCCCAGAGUCGGUCACGACUGGACCUAAUGGUCAGGGGUCCCUUUACCUUUAUUGGCUAAAGUGGGACAACUGCCUGAGGCGGCAGGGGCCAGGAGGUGAGGAAUGGUGCUGAGUAAAUAUUUGGCUGCCACACCUAGCAUCAAACCUGGUGUGUCCACACAGGGGCAAGUUAAACCACUUUGGGGCUUGGAUCCAUCCUGCCAGUUCAGUUUUGCAUGUCACUCGUGCUUUCCCCACUAUUUAUAUUUCGCAUGAAUAUUUAUAUCCUGCUUUUCCAUAAACAAACGACCCCCCUCCAAAAAAACCCAUAUUUUAGUAAAAAAUAACAGCAACAAAGCAAAUGCAAUUCUAAAACAGCAAUAGCUUUAUGUGAAAUUAUGAAUCGCUUUCCGCACCGCGAAAAGUCCGGAAAUGAUUUACGAGACGGAUUGAAUGCAGUUUAGAAAAUAACUUACACAUGUUUAAAAUGUAAAGUAAAUAUGUCCAGUCCCCAGUGUUGCCCAAAUGCCCAAGGAAACAAAAAAAAUAUCUUUGCCAGUGUGGGAACGAUAAGGAAAUUGGUUCAUGUGGGGCAAGGUGGUCCUAAAGUGAAAUGGCCUUUGGUGCUUGCGGUCAGUGAUGGGGGCAGCGGUGGGAUAAAACGGGGAGAUGUUUGCCACCCUGAAUUCCUUGGAGGACAGCUGGGAUAGAAACUGAAGAAAUAAUAAAUAAUUUCCCUGGUUGUCAUUCUGAGGGCCACCACUAAAAAGGCUCUCUCUCUCUCAUACGCUGACUCACUUCGCCUCUGAUGGUUUGCAUAGGGAAGGGUCUCAGAAGCGGUUCAUGGCAUGCAGGGUGAUUAAAAUUUGGCCGUGCUGGCUCACCCUGGUCGUCAGAAAUAAUAAUUUAAAAAUAAUUUUAAAAGCUGCCACGUUCCGGGAUUGUCGUACUUCGCCUCCAUCUGCUAGCAGGAGACGGAUGCUUUUCCCAAGUCCGGCAAUUGCAAGCCAUCUGCCAGGGUACAAUUAAUUGCCAGUGAUUCCGCCCCCCAUCCCCAAUCUAAAGUCUCCGGAAGGAACAAUUUGGUGGUAUUUUACUCGAUCUUUUCUGUGUAUUCCAGCAACAGCCAAACAUCUGGGAGCGCCUUGAGGAAGCCAGCAAUCUCUCUGGCUGAUAGCACUGAGCUCAGGUGAGUCACUGAUGUUGCCCUGGGGCUGUUGGUAAACGACCCAGUAAAAUUCAAAACAAUUAAUUGCACAUUUCUUCAAAUUCCAAUCAGAUGAGCUUGAUUCAGCCAUCUGCACCUCCACCACUCCUUGCUACCUCCCUGGCCUCCUAGCACCCCCCAGGUAAUCCCACUAGCACCCCCCCCCCAGGUUUAUCGUUGUUGUUUAGUCGUUUAGUCGUGUCCGACUCUUCGUGACCCCCUGGACCAGAGCACGCCAGGCACCCCUGUCUUCCACUGCCUCCUGCAGUUUGGUCAAACUCAUCUUUGUAGCUUCGAGAACACUGUCCCACCAUCUGGUCCUCUGUCGUCCCCUUCUCCUUGUGCCCUCCAUCUUUCCCCACAUCAGGGUCUUUUCCAGGGAGUCUUCUCUUCUCAUGAGGUGGCCAAAUUCUUGGAGCCUCAGCUUCAGGAUCUGUCCUUCCAGUGAGCACUCAGGGCUGAUUUCCUUCAGAAUGCAUAGGUCUGAUCUUCUUGCAGUCCAUGGGACUCUCCAGAGUCUCCUCCAGCACCAGAAUUCAAAAGCAUCCAUUCUUCGGCGAUCAGCCUUCUUUAUGGUCCAGCUCUCACUUCCAUACAUCACUACUGGGAAAACCAUAGCUUUUACUAUACGGGCCUUUGUUGGCAAGGUGAUGUCUCUGCUUUUUAAGAUGCUGUCUAGGUUUGUCAUUGCUUUCCUCCCAAGAAGCAGGCGUCUUUUAAUUUCAUGGCUGCUGUCACCAUCUGCAGUGAUCACGGAGCCCAAGAAAGUCAAAUCUCUCACUGCCUCCAUUUCUUCCCCUUCUAUUUGCCAGGAGGUGAUGGGACCAGUGGCCAUUCUUCCAAUCUUUUCCCCCAGGGCUCCUUUUUGGCUUUUGGACUUGAGAAGUCCUUGCUGGGAAUAUUAUUUUCGUUGGGGGGCCUCAUUCUCUUGGGGUGGGCAAUGGGUUCAGGGUCACCUGAUGCCCCAAGUGGGCGGGGCAUUUUUCCGCCUCCCUUCCUGUGUUUCGGGACAUUGAUUUUUCCCCUCUGCUUUCCCGCCAGGGUGUUGUUGAGCGUCAUGUACCUAAUGGUGGAAGCAAUGCGCGUGGAGAUGGAAACGGACCCCCCAACGUGGAAGGCCGCCCGUGAUACGUUCAGGACUGAGCUCAGUAGGUUUUUGUCAAUUCUCUGAUUGGGCACGGGGGGGGGGAGGCUUUCUUCUCCUCCCUCUGUGUAGUCUAGAAUCAUUACCUUUUAAAAAUAAAUUUAUUUAUUUAAAUUUCCCCCCCCAAAAAAAAAUUAACAUAAUUUUUAUUGAAUUUUUCCAUUUUAAUUCAAUACAAUACACAUAUUCGCAACAUCUUAUUUGCUCAAAGUGAGCUUUGACUUCCUUCUACCUCUCUUUCUGGCAUCCCUAUAGCCUAUAACAUAUCUUUCGCAUUCCCAUAAUCACUUCUUUAUCUAUAAUCACCUUAAGAAAUCACAUUCUUAUUUAUAAAUCAGCAUCAUAAUUUCACAUUACAAAACAUUUCACGUUAAUGCUACAAACGUUUUUAAAUGAGUACAGUUUUCUUUUGUAGCCUUAUUAGACUUUACCAAUUGGUGGGCUCUGCGUUGCUCCCAGACAGGAGGCAGGAAGUCAAAUGACACCAAGGGUUGGUUCAGAGAAAGAGUUCUUUAUUCCUGCUCUCCGGAGCAGUAGAAAGGCACUUGCGUGGUCAGUCCACAGCAAGUCCAAAGAAAUGAGAAAUUUCAUGCAGUAUAUAUAUCCUCCAGGCACCCUCUCCCCCUUCCCCAGGAAUCCAGCCACAUCAGCUUGUACACGCAGGUUGACAUCACAGAUGUUCCUGCUCCGGUACUCUUAACCAUAUAAGGUUGUGCCUCUUCCUGUACUCCUGACCAUAAAAGGGUAUUCCUUCCUGUACUCCUGACCAUAAAAGGGUAUUCCUUCCUGUACUCCUGACCAUAAAAGGGUAUUCCUAUUCCUAUGCUCUUAUCUUGGAGCAAGAGGUCACCAACUCCAAGAACACACUGUGGCGCUGUUCCUGGACUAGGUCUGUGCGAUAAGGUCUGUAAGAUAAGACCCAGACACGUCAUCCCUACUCCACUGGAACAGCCAAGAUCAUCCUUUGCCGUGACUGAUAAAGGAGAGAGCUUUGUUUAUACAGCUGUGUCCUUGUUAUGCAUUUGCUCACCAGCUCAAGUUAAUGCAUUUUAGAAAUGCUCCCUUCGAGAGAGAAGAAAAGGGGGGUUUUGGGUCCCGUUUCAAACUGACUGCACAGAAACCCAUUCCUUCACUUUCAAAUAAUAAAUAAAUUUGCUCCAGUCCUUUUGAUAUUUUUCUUCCUGAUUCCUGAUUCUCCCUGUCAGCUUCGCCAACUCCACAAAUUCUACCAUUUAUAUUCUCCAGUCUUCCAAUGUAGGGAUCUCUUGCUGCUUCCACCUUUGAGCCAAGAGGAUUCUCAUUGCCGUUGUGGCAUACAUAAAUAAAUUUACAUCUUUUUUAUUAAUUUCUUCAUCAAUUAGCCCUAAUAAGAAUGCCUCUGGUUUUUUGCUGAAGUUAUAUUUUAAUAUUUUUUUUUAAUUCAUUGUAAAUGAUGUCCCAGAAAGCCUUGACCUUAGCACAGGACCACCACAUAUGUAGGAAGUUCCCUUCCUUCACCUUACAUUUCCAACAUAAUUUGUCCUGGCACCUAUACAUUUUGGCCAGCUUACUCUGGGUAAUGUACCAAUGGUACAUCAUUUUCAUUAAAUUCUCUUCACGUUACUUCCCAUCUCUCAAAGUCAAUAUUGUGUCCAAAAAAAAAAUUAUUAGUUUUCCAAAUUUAUAACAAACAAAUAAAAAGAAAACAUCAAAAAGAAAACAAGCAAACGUUUAUCCUACCUGUAAUAAUUCCACUUUUGUUCACAUUGUUAGGUGUCAAGUCCCCCUCACUGAGUUUCCAUAUAAAUCAUUGUAGCAGUUUUCCAAAACUAUUUUCACAUAAAAUUUACUUAGUCAAUUAACAUCUUUCUUUCUUUUCAUUUUUUUUUAAACCAUAAUAUUCUACAACAUCGCUUAUUUUAAUCCUAGGCCAAUCUGAUGCUCGCAAGUAAUUCUAUUUAAAUUAUCUUAGCAUAUUUAGCUAAAUAGUCUUUGAAUUUCCUCCAUUCCUCCUGGUACUCCUCCUCCUUCUGGUCGCGGACUCUUCUGGUCAGAUCAGCUAGCUCCCAAAAGUCCAUCAUCUUCAUCUGCCAUUCCUCCACUGUUGGCACUUCUUGUAAUUUCAAAUUUUUGGCCUUAAAUAAAUUUAUUUAUUCGGUUUUUCAUAUUAAAAUUUUACAGUUGCAUAUACAACAUAGAAACAAGAUUCCAGAUAAUCUCCUGGACUUCCCUCCUCCCUUUUGUGGGUCCUAUUGAUUUUCGUUUUAUUUAUUUUUUAUUUUUAUAGUAAUUUUUAUUGAGUUUUCCAUAUUUAUCAUAUUCACAUUCUGUUACAUAAUUCUGUAACUUAAAGCAUUGCUCAAACUGAGCAUCAACCUCCUUCCCUCCCUCUUUCUGACUUCCAAACAUCUUUGCUAAAUUCUUAGCAUUUCUAUAGCCACUUUUUUACCUUCUAUCUUCUUUUUAUAUUUCACCUCUUUAUAUGUCAAUCGGUUCCUUAUUUUCACAUUACAAAACAUUUCAACUCAAGCCUACAAACGUUUUCGGAUGUUUACAAUGUUCUUCCACAUAAAAUACAAAUUUGCUCCAGUCCGAGAGGAAAUUUUUAUUAAAAAGAUGUAAAUUUGUUUAUGUACGCCACGACGGCUGCAAGGAUACAUCUGGCUCAGAAAUGGAAAUUCCAACAUUGGAAGAAUGGCAGGUCAAGAUGGUGGAAUACGUAGAGUUGGCAAAGUUGAUGGGGAAGAUCCGGAAUGAACACGGCGAACUGUUUGUGGGUCCUAUUGUUAAUCAUUUCCUCCUGCAUCUUUUAUAAUAAUCCAAAUAUUUUACCUCUCCGUUGUAUCCAAAAUUCACCAUUAAACUACAAGUGUUAUUCAAAUCCUACUAACAAUUUUAACUGUUUGUAAUGGUUUUUGAGAUAAGUUAUCAAUUCCCCCCAUUCCUUAUUAAAAUUUUGGUCUUCCUGAUUUCUGAUUCUUCCGGACAUUUUAGCCAUUUCAGCAUAAUCCAUCAACUUGAUCUGCCAUUCUUCUUUGAUCGGGAGUUUAGCUUCUUUCCACCUCUGGGCCAAUAACAUCUGUGCAGCUGUAGUCUAAUAAUAAUAAUAAUAAUAAUAAUAAUAAUAAUAAAAUUAUUUAUACACUGCCCUCCCCGGCCAGAGCUGGGCUCAGGGCGGCUAACACCAAAAAAAUCACAGUAAAAACAUAAUGGAGGGGGGGAACCAAUUUAAAAUACAGGUUAAAAUGCAAUUUUAUAAUUUUUAUUUAAAUGCGAUUACUAGAAGCAUUACCAAGGCCACAGACAGUUAAAGGCCAAGGGCCUGGUUACAGAGGAAAGCUUUUGCCUGGCGACUAAAGAUAUAUAAUGAUGGUGUCAGGUGAGCCUCCCUGGGGAGAGCAUUCCACGAACGGGGAGCCACCACUAAAAAGACCCUUGCUUUUUUUCUUUUAAAAUAAUAGUUAUUAUUUUUAAACCUUACAAAAAAAGAAAGAAGAAAAAAGAAGAAAAAAACAUACAAUACAAUAUAUAAACAAUACACAACACAACAUUAACACAUUAAACAAAGCAAAAGCAAAAACAGUUCAAAAAACACACAUCAUACCAUCUCAAUAUCCUCUCUUUCAUUCCCUUGUUUCAUCGACCUCCUCUCACCUCCCUUUUUGUAUUCCAUUUCUAUUAAUUGUUUCAGCAAAUCCUUUCCAUCUUUCUCUGUUUUCUGUCAUAUGAUUAUCUUAACAUAUUUUAACCUUAUUUUCCAUUAAAAUUAUAAUACUUAUUUAUGCUUAAUUCCUUAAAGCAUUUCUACUAAAGCCAUAUAAUUUCCUUCCAACAUUUUUCUAACAUUCAUUAAUUUUACAUUAUUUCCAUAUAUAGAUUUUAAACUUUUUCCAAUAUUCUUCCACCGUCUCUUCUCCCUGGUCUCGGAUUCUGCCAGUCAUUUCUGUCAAUUCCAUAUAGUCCAUCAACCUGGUGAUCUUCUGUCCGAGGCUCUUAACUCUUUUCCAAGUCCCUUCUGCGAGUCUUCUUCAUGUUUAUACAUGCACUUUACUUUGUCUUCUCCUGAUCUUGUUCUUAUUUUCCUUCCUCUGAUGCUGAAAAGUAAAUCUCGAGGAAAUUCCCACCUAGCAAUGUUUUUAUUCCUUCUCAACAAAUCAGCCAGAUCUCCAUAGUUAAAAAUUCACAAGGUAUUUCCAGUCGUAUUUCAAAGUUCCUCCAAGUCUAGCAGUCCCCACAACUCCAGUCUCCUCCUGACCCAAGUCCAAGUCCCAAAAGUCAAUGAAUCCCUGCAUGAAGGGAUCUAUCCAACUUUCCUUCUCCAGUCCAAGCGGGGCUCCAAUCCUCAAAGUCUGGCUUUCUCUAGAUUCCGUCAUAAAAGGCAUCCACUUAUAGUCAUCAAAUUGCAUCUGUGAGGCUGGGGCUCUAACAACUUUCUCCCCCGCCUUCUCCUCAAUUUGCCAUGUCAAGGUAGAUCCCUGUAUCGAUUCCUGAAUAGCUUCUGUAUUAAUAUUCACUUUUUGUCCAAAAUUAGUCACUUUUUGUUCCAAGUUAUCAAUUUUUAUAAUCGUCACAUCUGUCUUCAUACGGAGCUGUUCCAGUGAGUCAUUAAUCUUACAUAAUGCAACCACUAAGGCUUCUUCUGUCAACAUGCUUAACAGUCCAAGGUCAAUCCCAGAUUCUCACGGUCGUGUCUUACAGCUGGAAAUUCCCCACUCAGCUCAUGUAACAAUUUCAAAGGCUUCCUCUAGGGGGAAACAAUUUCUAUUUGUAUCAAUCCUUUUAAGCACAAUUCAAACAAUAAAGUUAGUUUCAAUUUUCAAUUACAUUUACUCCUUUUUAAACGCAGAAGGAGACAAUGGAAACAAUGUAUUUCUCUUCUUUAACUUACUGUCAAUAAAUGAUCUAUUCACAGUCAAUGAACAUAUCCAGAACUUCAGUCCUACUAGCAGCCCGUUUCCAGGUUCAGAGCGGUGGUAAUUUGACUUUCUUCACUCUCUCCUGCAGGCUUGCGUGGUCUAAAAAUUCCCCCCUCUCCUCCUGCUUCCAAGGGGGGUUUGAUGAUUUUAGCCGAUGGAAGUUUAAUCCUUUAUGGAAAGCUUUCCAAGACUUUAGCUUGCAGCUUUUUUGCUCCAGUCUAUUUACAAAAGGGGAAGGCGGACUUCCUGUUUGAAACCUCCCCAUUUCGGUACCAAAUUAAGACGUUUAAAAAUCAAAUUUUCCGUUCUACUCACGGGUAGUUGUUUUAAAAUCGAAUUGUCCACAGGAAAAAGUCAGCGCUCUCCGGCAACAGCAAUGCGGCUUCACUCCGUGAAAGAAGCAGUCAAUUCUCAGCACCGCGCCACUCACCCCACGUCGCUCCGGAUCCCCGAAACCGGGUUUCCCCGCGAGUAGGGGAGGCGCAAAAGGUGCCAGCCGAAUCCCACGUUCACAGGCUUCUCCCACCUGUGGUUUUUUGUGGGUCCCCGCCUUCGCCGUGGCGGUCGGACCCUAAUUUCCACGAAGCGAAUUCCUCCCGGUCAGAGGAAUUCAGCCAUUACCGGAGGCGCUAACCCGGAAGUUUCACUAAAAAGACCCUUGCAUUUAAAUGGAAGUCAUUUGGAGACCUCAUUCGCAAGCGAAUAGGAAAAUAGGAUAACAACAACACUGGGGAAGGAUUGGGAAGAACAUAUAAAGAGAACGACUUGUGGACGGUCCAGUACAUGUCUCUACCACUAUUAAUAAAUAAUAAUAAUAAUAAAAAAUUUCAUUUAUACCCGGCCCUCCCCAGCCAAGACGGGGCUCAGGCCAGCUAACACCAGGUAUAAAACAGUUGAUUAAAAUACAACUUAAAAACAAGAUUAAAAUGCAACAUUAAAAUGCAGCCUCAUUUCAGUAGAAACUCAAAUCAAAAACUUUUAGGGGGAUGAAAACGUCAAGUGUUCACCAAGCCCAACUAUCCAGACUGGUCCUACGUGGGCCAGAAAAAAGCCAGGGAAGUCCCCAAAUAGGAGUUCCAUCACAGAAAGAGAAAGGAAAGAAGAAAGAGGGGAAGGGGAUCAAGUUGAUUCCAAGCCAAAGACCAAGCGGAACAACUCUGUCUUACAGGCCCUGCGGAAAGAAAUCAGAUCCUGCAGGGCCCUGGUCUCAUGAGACAGAGCGGUCCACCAAGUUGGGGCCAGUGCUGAAAAGGCCCUGCCUCUGGCUGAGGCUAAUCUGACUUCCUUCUUCCUUCCUAUUGCAUUUGUAUUGCAUCCAUAGCCCUCCGAACACCCCCCCCUUUUGACUUGUGUCUCCCCACCUCACCCUCCUAGGUUUUCCUCUGCACGGUGAGGAGCCUUUUGCACUCCUUCUUUUCACCAUGGUGACCAAGUUCUGCAGCGGACACGCUCCCCACUUCCCCAUGAAGAAAGUCUUGCUUUUGCUCUGGAAGGUCCUCGUGGUGAGUGAGGUUCUGAGCUUGCCUUUCAACAGGAGCAACUCUGGCUCAAGCGACGCGUGUUUGUGGCGUGUGGCAAAUCACGCCUGCCGUAGGUCUCAAAGAAAAAGCGCUCCGUUACGUGCCACCCGGGUCUCCGAGCAGCGAGAGAUGUCGGGGGUUCCAGGCGCUUACUCAGAGCUCAGUUUCCUUAUGUGAUAAGAAAAAAAAACUGCUCUCUUUCCCUUCUGGGGUACCCAAGAGCACAUAUAGAGUCCUUAAUGGGUUCCUGCCAACCUAGCAGUUCGAAAGCACGUCAAAGUGCAAGUAGAUAAAUAGGUACCUCUCCGGUGGGAAGGUAAACAGCGUUUCCGUGCGCUGCUCUGGUUCGCCAGAAGCGGCUUAGUCAUGCUGGCCAAUGGUCAGGGAUCCCUUUCCCUUUACCUAUUGGUAGGAGAAAAUAACAGAGGCCAACUAGAUUAUAAAGGUAAAGGGACCCCUGACCAUUAGGUCCAGUCGUGACCGACUCUGGGGUUGCGGCGCUCAUCUCGCUUUAUUGGCCGAGGGAGCCAGCAUACAGCUUCCAGGUCAUGUGGCCAGCAUGACUAAGCCGCUUCUGGCGAACCAGAGCAGCGCACGGAAACGCUGUUUACCUUCCCCCUGGAGCGGUACCUAUUUAUCUACUUGCACUUAGAAUCAUAGAAUCAUAGAAUUGGAAUAGACCACAAGGGCCAUCGAGUCCAACCCCCUGCCAAGCAGGAAACACCAUCAGAGCACUCCUGACAUAUGGUUGUCAAGCCUCUGCUUAAAGACCUCCAAAGAAGGAGACUCCACCACACUCCUUGGCAGCAGAUUCCACUGUUGAACAGCUCUUACUGUCAGGAAGUUCUUCCUAAUGUUUAGGUGGAAUCUUCUUUCUUGUAGUUUGGAUCCAUUGCUCCAUGUCCGCUUCUCUGGAGCAGCAGAAAACAACCUUUCUCCCUCCUCUAUGUGACAUUCUUUUAUAUAUUUGAACAUGGCUAUCAUAUCACCCCUUAACCUCCUCUUCUCCAGGCUAAACAUGCCCAGCUCCCUUAGCCGUUCCUCAUAAGGCAUCGUUUCCAGACCUUUGACCAUUUUGGUUGCCCUCCUCUGGCACCUUUGACGUGCUUUCGAACUGCUAGCUUGGCAGGAGCAAUUAUCCAGCAACGGGAGCUCACCCCGUCGUGGGGAUUUGAACCGCUGACCUUCUGAUCGGCAAGUCCUAGGCUCUGUGGUUUAACUCACAGCGCCACCUGCGUCCAACUGGAUUAUAUUGAGAAGCAAAGCAGCUAGUAUCUCUCCCAUUUGGCUUGCCCCAGCCACUCUGGGUGGCUUCCAACAUAUAUUAAACAUAUAAAAACAUAAUAAAGCAUUGCACAUUAAAAAGCUUGCAUGAUUUUUGCAGGCUUAAUUUUGUGGCUGGGGGGAGGCGGCUAAGGGAAUGGUGUGUAUUGGAGCUGUGUUUAGAACUUUGUACUUUCCCCAGAUGGAGCAAAAAAAUAUCUCUCACAUCAUCAGCAACAGCUGGACAUGACAAGAGCGCAGGAAUUGCUUUGCAGAAGCACAUCAGUUCAGUCCUGCCGGAUUUUCUGUUAAAUAUGUAUUUGUUCGUUUAUUUGUUUGUUAAAUUUGCCAUGUCUUUCCAACAAACGGUGCUUGAGGACAAGCACAGUGGGCUUCUGGCUGAGUGGGGCCACUGUGGGAACAAGAUGCUGGGUGGAACGGGUCCGCUCUGGCCUGAUCCAGACCCUUCUGAUGUUCUGAUGACCCCACCGCCUCCAGCUUCUCAGCUCAGGCUGCGUUGUUGAGGACCCACCUGGGACCAUAGCUGUCAACCGUCCCUUAUUUGGCGGGAAAGUCCCUUAUCCCAGCGCCGUGUCCCGCUGCUGUCCCUUAUUGAUGAUGUCCCUUAAAUUUCCCGGGUUUCAAAGGAAGCAGCUCCUCUCCCUCCCUCCCUGCCGGCCAGGGAGGAGGGAGGCUCCAACUGGGUUGCUUGGCUGUGUUGCUCACCCAAUAAGGAGCCUAAGAACAACUGGGGGGGUGGAGCUUGCAUGCCUUGUGCUGAUCAAAUCAGCCGCAUUGCCUGGGGAUUCGCCUUUGCUCAGCGCUUCCCAGCGGAGAGGUGACAGUGGUUUUCCUUGCUGCAUCCCCUUUGCCGGGUUGCUGCGCUGUGGGAACCACCUCUUGAGGCUUCGUUUGGCUGCUGGUUGACUAAAAUCCCUUAUUUUGGCUGCUGAUCCCUUCUUUCCGAGGCUGCUGGUCCCUUAUUUUCAAAUCUGUAAGUUGACAGCUAUGCCUGGGACCAACUUUUUCUCUCUCUCUUUCUUUCUCUUGCCUCUGCAGUUCACCCUGGGAGGCUUUGACGCUCUGCAGGCCAUGAAGGUGACGAAGCGCCAGGAACUGGGCUUGCCCCCCCUGCCAGAGGACAGCAUCCAAAUCAUGCGCAGCAUGAGGGCAGCUUCUCCCCCUGCCUACGCCAUCGAGCUGGUGGAGCAGCAGCAGCAGAAGCGGGGGCACCGGAGCAGGAGGGUAGGAGAUUUGGGGGGGGGCCCUCACCUCUCUAAGGCCAACCAGGACUGGGCAAAACCCAGGUGAUACCCGUAUUUUUCGCUCCAUAAGACGCACCUAGUUUUUAGAGGAGGAAAACAAGAAAAAGAAUGUUCUGAACGAAACAGUGGGUGUGUGAUUUUUGCGGUUCAUGCUGUGGCCACAGACAUGCGACCUGAUGGUGAAUUUGGGGUGACCCAAUGCAAAAAUCCUGAGGAUCCAUGUGGAUCCGUGCUUUGUAACCACGUUUUUGCGCCAUUGCGGCCCCACACAACAGUGGUUGCGUGAUUUUUUGGGUGCAGGCUGUAGCCAUGGACAUGCUAUGUGAUCUGAUGGUGAAUUUGGGGUGACCCAAUGUAAAAAUCCUGAGGAUCCAUGGGCUUUACCUCCCCCCUCCCAGGCAGCCUCCGCUAGCGUCCCUUAUCUCUCUUCCGAUCCCACCGAUCAGCUGUUUCCUUUCAACACUCCCUUCCCUCUUGUUUGCCUUAGUGUCUUUUCCUUAGCUGGAGCAGUUUUUUGCUCCUCCUUUUCUUCUAAUUUCUCUCCUUAUUGCUUUAGUCUUCCUGUUUCCUCCCUUUGCAAGUUUGCGGUCUUUACCUCCCCACUCCCAGGCAGCUUCCUUUAUCACUAGCGUCCCUUAUCUCCCUCCCGAUUGCUUGCCGAUCAGCAGCUUUGUUUCAACACCCACUUCCCUCUUUCAAAAAAAAAAAUAAUGAUCUGCUUUUUGCCCCUAGGCAAUUUUGCUCCAGGGACCACGCAUUCGCUCCAUAAGAGGCACAGACAUUUCCCCCUACUUUUUAGGAAGAAAAAAGUGUGUCUUAUGGAGCGAAAAAUACGGUAUAUCACCAGCUAAACAUUGCAAAAUAUAGUCGUACCUCCGCUUACGUAUCCCUCUGGAUACGUAAUCUUUGGGAUAUGAAUGCAGCAAACCCGGAAGUAUUUUUCCGGUUUACGCCACGUGCGCAUGCGCAGAAGCACUAAACGCGGUCCUCUGGUUGCAAAUUCCUGGGGAUGCGGCCAGACCUCCAGAACGGAUCCCGUUCGCGUACUGAUAUAUCACAAAGUCUGGAAUCAGGAUGGAGCUAUGUAGAAGCAUUGGCUGGCUUCACGGUUUCCCCCACUUUUUAAAAAAACAACAUUUCUAUUGAAAGUUCAAAAAGUCCGUGAUUAUACAUGCACUAAACAUGGUGAGAAACAUAAAAGAGAGAAAAAUCUGUGUAGAAGGGAAAAUAAAGGGGGGGGGAGACCCAAAUCUGUAUACUUUACAAUGUGUUAUUCCACUUCACCAGAUCUGAACCUAAUACAGUAUUUGUAAGAAUGGAUUCCAAAUAUCGUGGAAUUUGUCCCUGGCAAGUCUGUGUUUAGAUGCAAGUUGUUCAUACGUUGCAAGUUUGUUUAAGUCUUCAAUCCAAUCUUAGAAGGGAGCCACAUUUUUAUUUUUCCAGUUCAUCAGUAUCAGUCUUUUUGCUGUGGUCAGGGUGCAGAAAGUCCACUCAUAUCGUCCUUUUGUAAUGUUCCAUGUUCUGGGUAUAUAACUCAAGAGGAUAUUUUGCUCUGUAAAGGUUGUUCCAUGCAGUUCUGUUGAUGGUUUCAGUUACCUUCUGCCAAAAAUCUUUCAAUAUAGGACAAUGAAAAAGCAUGUUUUAGAGAAGCAUUAUCUCUAUUGCAUCUUCAACAGUUAGAUACCUUGUUGUUGUUGUUUAGUCGUUUAGUCAUGUCCGCCUCUUCGUGACCCCCUGGACCAGAGCACGUCAGGCCCUCCUGUCUUCCACUGCCUCCCGCAGUUUGGUCAAACUCAUGUUCGUAGCUUCAAGAACACUGUCCCACCAUCUCGUCCUCUGUUGUCCCCUUCUCCUUGUGCCCUCCAUCUUUCCCAACAUCAGGGUCUUUUCCAGGGAGUCUUCUCUUCUCAUGAGGUGGCCAAAGUACUGGAGCCUCAGCUUCAGGAUCUGUCCUUCCAGUGAGCACUCAGGGCUGAUUUCCUGAAGAAUGGAUAGGUUUGAUCUUCUUGCAGUCCAUGGGACUCUCAAGAGUCUCCUCCAGCACCAGAAUUCAAAAGCAUCAAUUAUUCAGCGAUCAGCCUUCUUUAUGGUCUGGCUCUCACUUCCAUACAUCAAUACUGGGAAAACCAUAACUUUACCUAUACGGAACUUUGUUGGCAAGGUGAUGUCUCUGCUUUGAAGAUGCUGUCUAGGUUUGUCAUUGCUUUUCUCCCAAGAAGCAGGCGUCUUUUAAUUUUGUGGCUGCUGUCACCAUCUGCAGUGAUCAUGGAGCCCAAGAAAGUAAAAUCUCUCACUGCCUCCAUUUCUUCCCCUUCUAUUUGCCAGGAGGUGAUCGGCCCAGUGACCAUGAUCUUCGUUUUUUUGAUGUUGAGCUUCAAACCAUAUGGUCUGAAGGUCUAACAUUAAUAUACCCAAAUUCAUCCACCUCUUCCACACGACCAUUUCUUUCCUGGUUUUUGAUUUUUGCAUAGCACACAAAAUACACAAAUCAUGAUUCGUGAUAUAUUGCCAGGUCAGAAACUAUGAAACUGAUACCAUGAUAUGGACUUCAUUUUGAAGCCAACUCAGGCAUACCAGACACAUUGCCUCCCUUUAAAAAAAUGUGUUUGCAUCCACUCCCUCCCCUCAUUUGAAUUAAAUGCAUGAUUAAAAGCGAUUACCUUUCAGCAAAACUCAAAACCUCAGCGAAUGUGGGUGUUUUGUAGCUGUUUCAAGAAGGGUUGAGAUUUCUGCAGUGCAAACCUAUUGCGUGCCAACUCAGAAGUUAUGGUUUGAACAAUUAGCCUUCUAGAAAUAACCUGGAAUGAAUAAACGAGAAAGAAGUCCCUUUGAGCUCUGUGUGGCCUUCUCCCAGGUAAGUGGUAGGAAAUUGCAGCCUUUGUCAAGGAAAGGCUACAAAUGUAUAGCCACUUUCCUGGAAGUAAAACCCAUUUAACUCAGUGGGACUUCCGAAUAAACACGCGUAAGACACGGCUGCAAAGUUGUGUUCAUUGGUAGAAAGGAAGGCCGUUUUUAAUGGUCUUUUGUUAAAGUGAUAUUUUUAGAGUAGGCUUAUGAAAAAGCCCAAAUGACUCUCCUCACCCCUGCUUAAAAUGUUGAUUUUUCCUAUAGCGAAAAAUUUUAUAUCCAAAAAAAGGUAAAGUUCUAGCCUACAUCUCUUUCCCCCCAAAAAAUUUUGUUAUUCACUUUACAACACAACUAAACAACACAAACAGAAAAACAAACAAUACAAACAAAUUCUUGUCUUAUCCUUAUUUUCUCUAAACAUUGUUAGGUGGGCUUCCCCAAGUCCCCCCUAUCCGAUUUUCAUUUUACCUCAUCUUUAGCAGUUUACAUAUAUCAUAAUUUCUAACCAUUUUUUUUAUCACGCUUACUUUUACCAUAAAAAUCUUCACAUUUUAUCACUUACAAAUAAUACUGUUUUAAAAUACACUAUCUUCUACUUCUAAUCCUACAGCCUAUAUCCACUUCCAAAGCUGUUCUGCUUAAAUAUUAACAUAUUUUUUCAAAUAUUCCUUAAACUUCUUCCAAUCUUCUUUCACCGUCUCUUCUCUCUGGUCUCGGAGUCUCCCAGUCAGUUCCAUAUAGUCCAUCAUCUUCAUCUGCCAUUCUUCGAUAGUUGGUAAAUCUUGUUUCUUCCAAUUCUUCGCUAAUAAUAUUCUCAUAGCUGUUGUAGCAUACAGAAAAAAGUAACAUCCUUUUUGGGGAUUUCACCCCCCACUAUACCAAGUAAAAAGGCUUCUGGUUUCUUAAUAAAUGUGGUUUUCAACACUAUUUUCAGUUCAUUAUAAAUCCUUUCCCAUAAGUCUUUUACCUUGGGGCACGUCCACCACAUGUGGUGAAAGGUUCCUUCUUUUUCCUUACAUUUCCAGCAUUUAUUAUCAUGAGUAUGAUACAUUUUUGCUAACCUUCUACAUCUCAAGGGCUGGAUUAGAGCUACUAAAACAACCCAAAAACAUUUUUUUGGGGGGAGGGAGUUGCUGUUUCCUCCCAACCAAAUACAAUCCUAAUUAAGAUUAGACUGGGGGUUUUUUUGAGGGGGGGAAUGUGAAUCUAGCUGUGGGGCAGCCAGGGAGAAUACAUAUCUAGGAGUCCGCUAUCAGUUUUGCAGCCAGGGACGUGCGAUAGGACCACCAACGUCUGCCGCCACGCCAAGCUUGCAGUAUUGGAUAUUGACUUUGCAUGCUCGUGGUGGCAGCUUGUGGGGCCCCUGUGUGAUCGUAAGAACACCAGAAGGAUCUGCUGGAUCCCCAGGGGCAGGGAAGAUGGGCAGCAGGACCCUGCGCUGAAAUGCUUCCCUUCUGCCAAAACCCAGAGCGGGACGUUCCAGCAGAAGGGGUGGAGUGCCACAUCUUGCGUUCCUGCCACCCGAGGCAGCUUCUUCAUCAUCAUCAUCAUCAUCAUCAUUUAUUAUUUAUACCCCACCCAUCUGGCUGGGCUUCCCCAGCCACUCUGGGCGGCUUCCAAUAAAAUAAUAAAAUACAGUAAUACAUCAAACAUUAAAAGCUUCCCUAAACAGGGCUGCCUUCAGAUGUCUGCUAAAAGUCUGGUAGUUCUCUUUGACAUCUGGUGGGAGGGCAUUCCACAGGGUGGGUGCCACCACCGAGAAGGCCCUCUGCCUGGUUCCCUGUAACCUCACUUCUCACAGGGAGGGAACCGCCAGAAGGCCCUCGGCGCUGGACCUCAGUGUCCGGGCAGAACGAUGGGGGUGGAGACGCUCCUUCAGGUAUACUGGACCGCGGCCAUUUAGGGCAUUAAAGGUCAGCACCAACAUUUUGAAUUGUGCUCGGAAACGUACUGGGAGCCAGUGUAGGUCUUUCAAGACCGGUGUUAUGUGGUCUCGGCGGCCGCUCCCAGUCCCCAGUCCAGCUGCCGCAUUCUGGAUUAGUUGUAGUUUCCGGAUCACCUUCAAAGGUAGCCCCACGUAGAGCGCAUUGCAGUAGUCCAAGCGAGAGAUAACCAGAGCAUGCACCACUCUGGCGAGACAGUCCGCGAGCAGGAAGGGUCUCAUCCUGCAUACCAGAUGGAGCUGGUAGAUGAUUGCCCUGGACACGGAGUUGACCUGCGCCUCUAUGAACAGCUCUGAGUCCAAAAUGACCCCCAGGCUGCGCACCUGGUCCUUCAGGGGCACAGUUGCCCCAUUCAGGACCAGGGAGUCCUCCACACCUGCCUGCCCCCGUCCCCCCAAAACAGUACUUCUGUCUUGUCAGGAUUCAACCUCAGUCUGUUAGCCGCCAUCCAUCCCGCCUCAUGGGUGGACCGGCUCUGGAGGCAGCUGUGGAUGGGCUACUCAACUCCUCUCUACCCGAACAGUCAUUCUCCUCCUCCUUUCGCCUUCAGCCUCUGAUGAAACAGGACAGCCUUGACAUCUACAACGAGAGGGACCCCUUCAAGAACGACGAGGUGCUGGUGGAUGAGGAGGAGCCCGAUGACAUCGACAACGGCAUCGAGGGGGAGCUGGACCUCUUGGAGCGGGACACGGUCAUCCAGACCGUGUCGGCCCCACGCCCGCCCGUCGAGAGGGUCUCCUUCCCAAAGGGGCUUCCCUGGGCCCCCAAAGUCAGGUAUUCCUACCCCUGGCUCCUUCCCUUCGGAGCGAGAUCCUGGGGCCUGAUCCGUGCAAGUGCCUGGUAGUGGAACAGCUGCAGCAACUCAGGCCGCAGCUUUGGAAUCUCCCUGCAAGGAGAAAGCUAGCACAGCAAGGGAGAGCAGGCAGGACUAGUGAAUGAAUGAAGGAAUGAACUUUAUUACGGUCUCAGACCAGGAUUAAAAAGCAUAUAGAUAAAAUAGCAGUUUGGAUUUUUUUUAACCAAUAAUUGUUAGUGCAAAUGAGGACAAGGAAACAGGCAUAGGAUAAAACAUCUGGAUAAAAUACAAGAUUAAACACGGAUAAUGGAUGGAUAAAAAACGAAUAAUUAAAACAGAUAAGAACUAAAAACAAACAAGGACACACAGUUAAAACAACUGUAAGAGCAUAAGAACUAAAAGACUCGCAGUUAAAACAACUGUAAGAGGCUGCCGAGUAGAAGCCUCUUAAAUAGAGGACACUCACAACAUUAGAAACUGCUGUGCAGAUAUGGUUAAAACAGACAAUUAAAACAAUGUACAACACGAAAUUUAGCAACAGUGUACAACAAUAAACUGUCCCAGGGAGUUGACUCAGAAUCACCCAUAGAGCCGUGUUUGGGGCUUUUCAUGCCGGACUAUUUUGAGUUGGGCGAUGGUCUGCGCCUACAGAUCUGUACACAGAGUCUGGCGACCAUCCGGGUCAUCUUCUGAUCUUUGCCUAACAGCAAAAGGUCAAACUUUUGCUUUUCUGGGAGGUCAGCGAGCCUCACCAGUAGGGGAUCCAAGAUCUUACUACGUGCCUCUUCAUAAAAGGGACAUCUAAAGAACAAGUGUUCUGGGCUUCCUAUCUCUCCCAAUGGACAGGUGCAAAGUCUCUGAGCAUACGGGACCCUUCUGAAGGCUCCAUCCAGGACCGGCGAGGGAAGAGCCGAGCUUCUGGCGAGUGUAAAGGCCCUUCUUGCAUCCCUAGAUAUGAGAAAGAAGAGAUAUACUGCCAGUGUGGCUAUAUUUCUCUCGAUUUCUCCAAUUCUAUAGUCGGGGCACCUUGCACAAGGCAGGACUAGUGUAUUUGUCCCUGAGAUGGUGGUGGUUUUCUGCUUGAGAAAUUCCUAAAUUCUGCUGUGUGGCUAAACCAGCCCUGGGAGAGGGGCGUCCUUCGAACUGUGUGCCCAUAUCCAAAUUGUUGCAUUCCACCGCCCAAAAGAAAAAAGAACUGGAUUUUUCAAAGAGAAGAAAUAAAACAGUCAGGGAACAUGGUUGAAUCUGAAGUCCCCGGGGCUAUUUGGAAUGCGAUGAGCACUUAAUUUGCUUCUAUGCGAGAGCUGUGAUGUACAGAGGCGUGCGUGCUUAUUGCGCAUGGCCUACAAACCCAUAUUCAGAAUAAAUCCUUUUCACCUCUGUGUGAUACCAUCUGAACACAGAUCGGCUGGAGGCAGAAUGUUUUCUCUCAAGCUGCCUAGAUAUUGGAGAGGGCCCCCCCCCGUCCUGCCCCCUAAUGUGUGGUGUGCUUUUGUUAUAUAUUCCACCUCUGCCCGCACCCCGCCGCCGCUGCAACAUACUGCUUCUCUUCCAGACAGAAAGACAUAGAACAUUUCCUGGAGGCGAGCAGAAAUAAGUUCAUUGGAUUCACGCUUGGGCGGUGAGUUAUCAUUAUGCGUCUGGGGAGAGAAGGGUUGCACUUUGCGGCUGUUUUCGACUUCUUGAGAUGAAGGUUUCUGCUCGACGUUGAUCACCGAUUGGGCUGCCGGCUGAAUCGAGGAAAGACUCUUGUCUCCUAGGAGCUGGCUUGCAUGUUGCAGAAUAACAGUGGGUUUGCAACCGUGCAUGUCAGCGCUCUAAUCAUAGGGGUGUCGCGGCUUGAUUAUCAGAAUACUGACCCUUUUGCCCCAUGUGGUUUUCCCAACGAAAAUCAUUCCUUUCAGCAGAGCAUCUAGCAGGGCCUGCAAGACAGAGCUGUUCCGCUUGGCCUUUGGUUUGGACUCAGCCUGACCCUUAUGUUGCCCUCCCCUUAUGGUCUUGAUCCAUCGGCUACUCCGAAAAUGAGGCUGCAUUUUAAAUUGCAUUUUAACCUGUAUUUUAAAUUGGUUCCCCCACCAUUCUGUUUUUACUGUGAUUUUAUUGGUGUUAGCCGCCCUGAGCCCGGCUCUGGCCAGGGAGGGCAGGGUAUAAAUACAAAUUAUUAUUAUUAUUAUUAUUAUUAUUAUUAUUAUUAUAUUGCUCCAACACGUUAUACAUAGGGCUUCAGCCUCGUGCAUAACUAGGCAUCCAGGUUGCUCACUGGAGCAAAACGGUUUGAGCAUACGGUGGUACCUCGGGUUACAUAUGCUUCGGGUUACAGACGCUUCAGGUUACAGACUCCGCUAACCCAGAAAUAGUACCUCAGGUUAAGAACUUUGCUUCAGGAUGAGAAUACAAAUCGUGCUCUGGCGGCGCAGCGGCAGCAGGAGGCCCCAUUAGCUAAAGUGGUGCUUCAGGUUAAGAACAGUUUCAGGUUAAGAACAGGCCUCUGGAACAAAUUAAGUACUUAACCCGAGGUACCACUGUACAAUGAUAAUUCUGGUCUGACUGCACUGGCUGCCAGUUAGUUUCCGGGCCCAAUUCAUAGUGCUGGUUUUGACCUAUAAAGCCUGAAACGGCUCAGGAGCGCAAAACUGCCUUUCCCCAUGUGAACUCACCUGGCCCCUGCAGUCAUCAUCAUAGGCCCUUCUUUGUGUGCCUCCUUCUCGAGAGGUCCAGAGGGUGGCAACGCAAGAACAGGGCCUUCUCUGCAGUGGCUCCCUGAUUGUGGGAUGUUCUCUCCAGGGAGGCUCGCCUGGCGCCUUCGUUACAUAUCUUUAGGUGCCAGGCAAAAACUGUCAGGAGCUCGUCCUACUCUCGAGUAGGACCCUGGCAGAGACACGUGCCCGACCGGCAUGUUCCCUCCCUCCUGGUCGAUCGUUCAGGAGCUUCAAAAGCUUUCUUCUGCCCGAACAUCACAGCGACCGAUGCCAACAGACAUCGGCACACUUAGGGAUCCGCAGAGUCUUCGCAGCUUGCGUAACAGAACUCAGCAACUCAGCAUUUUGGCUAAUCUACUUUAUUUACAUGUAAACACACACAGAGCACUUCAACAUGGCUCCCUCUCUCUCUAGCAUCAGACAGCAAAGAGAAAAAGGACAAUAGUCCCACUUUACGGAACACGGUAACACAAACAUCCUGUCUCCGUCACUUCCCACUCUGUGGAGUCAAAACAUACACCGUCAUGUGAUAGACAACAGUCCCAUGACUGCAAUCACGGAGCAGGAAUUCUAACAAAAACAGGCCUUUGGCUAAUUCAACCAUUUACGGAAGACGGUGCCUUUGGGGGUGAAGUCAAACCAUUGGGAGCUACAAGUCCUGAUGUGGCUGUAGAAACCGAUACAGGAGAGACAUGUUUUGUUGCAGCUGGGGCUGCUGAGGCAUCUGGUUUUGCUGUUACGGAUUACCAUGGCAUUUUUUCCUCUCUGCGCUCUUCCCGGAGCGCUUGCGCCUCCGUGAUUGAGGGGGGCUGGGGCCACGCAAUGUCGUCAUGUCGUGCGUGCAGACACUUCAGAAAAGUGUCUUGCCUUGCCACCCUCUGGACCUCAUGGAGGAGGCACACAAAGAAGGGCCUGUGAUGAUGACUGCAGGGUCCGGGUUCAAAAUUACAGUGGUACCUCCAGUUAUGAACUUAAUUCGUUCCGGAGGUCCGUUCGUAACCGGAAGCCGUUCUUAUCCUGAGGCACACUUUCGUUAAUGGUGCCUCCUACUCCGGAGUGCGACUUUCGCCCGCAUCCCAGGGCAAAGUUUGCUACCGGGAGCAGCUACUUCCGGUUAGCGGACCUCGUAACCCGAAGCGUUCGCAAGAAGGACCGUUCGUAUCCAGAGGUAUUACUGUAUAUGGUAUAUGGUAUAUUGUAUCUGGUGUAUUCAUCUGAAGGCAGCCCUGUUUAGAGAAGCUUUUAAAGCUCGAUGCAUUACUGUACAGUGGUACCUCGGAUUACAGACGCUUCAGGUUACAGACGCUUCAGGUUACAAACUCCGCUAACCCAGAAAUAGUACCUCGGGUUAAGAACUUUGCUUCAGGAUGAGAACAGAAAUCGCGCAGCAGCAGCGGGAGGCCCCAUUAGCUAAAGUGGUGCUUCAGGUUAGGAACAGUUUCAGGUUAAGAACGGACCUCCGGAACGAAUUAAGUACUUAACCCGAGGUACCACUGUAUUUUAAUAUUUUGUUGGAAGCCGCCCAGAGUGGCUAGGGAAGCACAGCCAGAUGGGUGGGGUAUAGAUAACAACAACAACAACAAUUAUUAUUAUUAUUAUUAUUAUUAUUAUUAUUAUUAUUAUACCAUGAGAGCAAAGUCUAUUCUGGAAGGUAUUUUUUUGGAACCUUCCAGACAUUACAAAUAAGGGGAAUUCAUUUAAACGGGCUAAUUAAAAAAACUCUACGAUACAAAGGGGUAUCUAAAUUAUAAAAAUAGGUGGGCAUCAUUCCCUGAUGAGGCCGCAAACGUCAGUAAACAGAUGCGCAUACAGAGGGCUGAAUAGGAUAACGUUUUAGAAAUUCAUGAUCUAACAGCCUCUGCUUGAUGAGAGAGAAAAUAUGUAACUCAUCCAGUAAGAGGAGAGAAUCUAUUGCAAUCCCUGUUCAUUUGAGUUUAAAGGCAAUUGCAGAAAACAAAUUGCAGCUGUCAAAUUAGGCGAAUCUGUCAGUGAGUUAGUAGGCUUUCUGAGUCUGUGUAUAUUUAUAUUUUAACAAUGCAAAUGGCUGACAGGUACAGAAACAAACGAUGGCUUGCGUGUUUGUUGUUGCAUGGUCCACAGCUUAAAAAAAGAAGGUGAUGCAAGGUGGAAAAAUUGUUAUUUGAUAGAGAGAUCAACUGCACUAUGAAUAAUUAGAUGAUGGUUUGACACUAAGCCUCUCAUUCCUGCCCCCUAUCUCCCCCCCUCCUUCUUUCAGGGACACAGAUACCUUAGUGGGGUUACCACGCCCCAUUCAUGAAAGUGUGAAGACCCUAAAACAGGUAAAUUCUUUUUUUUAUUAAUUUUUUAUUGAUUUUCCAUUGAACAUACAUACAUACAUACAUACCUUAUACAAAUAAAUCACAUAUUUAUCUAAGCUCUGCCGAGCUUUGGACUUCCCUCCAUUCCUUCGGUAAGUAUCAUAUAAAUUCUAACAUCGCGCAUUUUGUGUGAUUUACUUUAUCUACCAUACGCUGUUAGAGUUAUUUUAACCCUACCAGUGUCUUUAAAGUUUUACAGUUGUCUCUUAUAUACGUCAAGUAUUUACUCUAACUUUCUUGAAACUUCUGUUCAUCCUGGUCUCUUAAUUUUCCUGAUAUUCUGGCCAGCUCUGCAUAAUUCAUCAUUUUAACCUGCCAUUCCAUAAUAGUAGGUAUUACAUCCGUUUUCCAGUUCUUGGCCAACAUAGUUCUUGCUGCCGUCGUGGCAUAUAGAAAGAGGCUUUUGUUUUAUUUUAAAUUUCCUUUCCUGUCAAUCCCAGUAGAAAGGCUUCGGGCUUUUUAAGAAAAGUAUAUUUAAAGAUUUUUUUGAGUUCAUUGUAAAUUAAUUCCCAGAAGCCCUUCACUUUACCACAGGUCCACCACAUGUGGUAAAGGUCUCCCUCCACCUUAAAAGACCUUAAAACAGGUAAAUUCUAACUUAGGCGCUUACAUGAUGGCGCCUCUCUUUCUGAUGGUGGGUUUUGUGGGGUGGGGACUCUUGGGAGAGCGCUCCGAGCUAUCGGCAGCCCCCACCCCAGACCUCUGAGUGUCCUCCGGUGAGCAUAGCUCUGGAAAAGGCAUCAGGGCGCUCCAGCGACAUAAACCAACUUGAUUUAUGCACACUAGCCUUCUCUCUUGACACAGCAAAAGAAAGAGGCGUCGUAGUUCUAAACUACUAUUUAUUUACAGAAUAUUUACAGACAACAGCAUUAUGGCGUCUGUUCUCCCCAGCUCUGAGAACAAACAGAACAGCGCAAAAGCGAAAGUGCCAUAUUUUUUGCUCCAUAAGAUGCACCUAGUUUUUAGAGGAGGAAAGCCCCAUUUUCUUGAGGCUUAGCUCAAAGCUGUGCAGCUUCUUUUGCAAAGGGGAAAAGUCCCAUUUUUUCGAGGAUCAGCUCAAAGUUGUGCGGCUUCUUUAGGAAAGGAAAGGGAGCCGUUUCUACAGUUUCCAGACAGAUAAUCAAAUCAGCCAGUCCCAUGUCGCUGGGGAAACAAACAGCCUCCGUCUGCAGAACACUCAGCAAUGGAGACCUGGGCAAGGGGCCGGAAAGGGAGCCAGCAGUUGACCACACAUUCGCUCCAUAAGACGCACAGGCAUUUCCCCUUACUUUUUAGGAGGAAAAAAGUGCGUCUUAUGGAGCGAAAAAUACGGUACAGCUUCACAGACUCUCACACCGGAAGAGAGAUAAAUAAGAGAGUCGUCCUUUCUCAGGCUCCAUUCAGACAGGCGUGUGAAAUAUACCAAGCAUAAAAUCAGCACUGGGGGGCAUGAAAUCCUAACAGGGACUUGUCAGUUGUACACUAGUCCCUCAGUCAUUGCUGCCACCGUGAAUGAAGAUAUCUUGGGCCAGUUUACAGAGAGACUCUCAGCAAAGCCAUUGGAGCCAAGGGAUUAUGCCUUCCUGUCCUUCCCAUAGCUCCUGGUCUUGGAAGACUUUGCCUAGAAGUUCCUGCUAGCUGGUCUGAGAUGCCUCUACAGUAGUUCUUCCUCUGACCACCUGCCAUGCUGGUGCAAUGAGAAAGGAACCAGAGGAUGCCUCCACUCGGGGGGUGUCUGAUAAUCACGUUGGGGCUUCCCAUUGGUUUGCUGCUCAAGUUGCCGUGAUCUUUUGACCGAAGCCUCCCGUUUGCAUCUUGUCCCUCAGCAUAAAUAUGUCUCGAUCUCCGAAGUGCAAAUCAGGAAUGAAGAGGAGCUGGAGAAGUGUCCCAUGUCUUUGGUAAGCUUCCUUCUGAGUCCGUCUCUUGGGCUGCAUCCCACUUUUUCAGAACAGCAGCGUAAACCUGCUCCUAAAUCUCGUUCUAAUUGAUGUGAAAAAGUACAAGAGGAAAGUUCCCAGAUCUAGAAGGAUGUAUGGGGCAUUUAUUGGACUCACAGCUGUCCAUGGAGGCACAGGUCAAUUCUGUGUCCAGGGCAGCUGUUUAUCAGCUCCAUCUGGUACGCAGGAUGAGACCCUCCCUGCCAGCAGCCUGUCUCCCCAGAGUGGUGCAUGCUCUAGUUAUCUCUCAAUUGGACUACUGCAAUGCGCUCUACAUGGGGCUACCUUUGAAGGUGACCCGGAAACUGCAAUUAAUCCAGAAUGUGGCAGCUAGACUGGUGACUGGGAGCAUCCGCCGAGACCACAUAACACCGGUCUUGAAAGACCUACACUGGCUCCCAGUACGUUUCCGAGCACAAUUCAAAGUGUUGGUGCUGAUCUUUAAAGCCCUAAACGGCCUCAGCCCAGUAUACCUGAAGGAGCGUCUCCACCAUCAUCAUUCUACCCAGACACUGAGGUCCAGCGCCGAGGGCCUUCUGGCGGUUCCCUCCCUGUGAGAAGUGAGGUUACAGGGAACCAGGCAGAGGGCCUUCUCGGUAGUGGCACCUGCCUUGUGGAACGCCCUCCCACCAGAUGUCAAAGAGAAAAACAGCUACCAGACUUUUAGAAGACAUCUGAAGGCAGCCCUGUUUAGGGAAGCUUUGAAUGUUUCAUAGGCUAUUGUAUUUUAAUAUUUUGUUGGAAGCCGCCCAGAGUGGCUGGGGAAAGCCAGCCAGAUGGGUGGGGUAUUAAUAAUAAUAAUAAUAAUAAUAAUUUUAAAAGGGACACUCCCUCAGCAGAAAUGCAAGUAUGUGAAACUGUUCUAGAGAGACUGGUCUGCCUAGUCUGCUCCACUCUGACUGGCAGCAUCUCUCUGUGCUCUCAAAGCGGAGGAUGGUCACUCCUGGCCCAUCUUCAACAGAUUGUUUCAUUGGAUUGUUUAACUGCCUGCAACCUCUGCCCCUAAACUGUUCUUUCCUUGUACGUCCCAGCAGGGAUUUAAGUCCUGGACUGUCAGACUGAAGGUCUGAUGCUGUGGCUACUGAGCUGUCCAGGAACUUAGAGGUUCUCACUUUGGGGUUAGUGUAGAGCUGUCUUAGCAAGAGAGGGGAUGUUUAGAGAGAGUCAGUGAAUGGAUUUCCCCCGUUGGAUAACCCUGGGCUGUAUCCAGCUAACGCGUUCCAUUAGUGCCAGGAUUUCUGCUUGUGCAAUGGGACUUCCUCCCGUCCUCCCCACUCUGUGUGCCAUGCGCCUUCCCUAACUCUGCUCUGGUGGGUUCGGGGAACCCCUUAGAACAGAUUUAGGGGGCUUGCAUGGGGAGGGAGUGCUGUUGUGAAAGUGGAAAUCCUUAUGCUUAUGGGACUCCUUUUCUUGGGGCUGGAAGUGUGGAGAUCACAGUUCUUGGGUGAUGUGCCCAGAAUUUGAGUUUGCAAAUUCCACAUCGGGGGUGGGGAUCUGCAGGAAAGUGCUAGAGCAUCUUUAGAAAAGUAGGAGUACUGGGCUGCAAGUGGAGCUGCCCCCUUUCCCGCCCCGUACCUCCUUUUGUUUCCUGCUUGGUUUGGAAAAUGGUGUGACUGAUGCGCUUCACAGCCUUCCCUUCCCAUCUCUCCCUCCUGUAUCUGUCCUGUCGUGCUUCAGGGGGAAGAGGACGUGCAGGAGACCCCCUGCGAAAUACUCUACCGGGUGAUGCUGUACAACUUGCCACAGUACAUGGUGGGUAUCAUCUGUCUGCGUUCUAUGUGGGGCUACCUUUGAAGGUGACCCGGAAACUACAACUAAUCCAGAACGUGGCAGCCAGACUGAUCACUGGGAGCGGCUGCCAAGACCAUAUAACACCGGUCUUGAAAGACCUACAUUGGCUCCCAGUAUGUUUCUGAGCACAAUUCAAAGUGUUGGUGCCUUAAAGCCCUAAACGGCCUCAGUCCAGUAUAUCUGAAGGAGCGUCUCCACCCCCAUCAUUCUGCCCAGACACUGAGGUCCCACUCCAACCAACCACCCAACUCCCAGCGAACUCCUCCCAGAGCUGGUUUUAUAGUCCCUCUGACUCCACCCCCUGGGUUCUGAUUGGGUAACUUGUUUAACUAAUUCACCUCCAGCACUCUCAUACGUUAACGUCACAAUGCCUGAUUUGGGGUCUGGGGCGGGUGUUCCCCCCUGCUACAGAUAGCUUUGCUGAAGAUCCUGUUAGCUGCAGCGCCAACUUCCAAAGCCAAGACGGACUCCAUCAACAUCCUGGCCGACGUGUUACCUGAGGAGAUGCCGUAAGUGCUUGACUGAUAAAUCACCUGGUGGGUGACAUCUGUGUAAUCUCUCAGCGAGCUUGACCUGGGCAAUGGGCGAAGGUCCGUCAGGUUUCUGUGUGAUGGAUGUUGCACACUUGUUGCAGAUCAACUUUGCACCUUCACUCCUAAAAAUUGUGGUCUCCCACACCUUUCUCUUGGGAGUCAGGCUUACCCAUUCGAGACAUGGUCUUUUUGGAUGUAUACGUGAGUGUCUUUUUCCUCACGUUCCUUCGUUGCGGUGCUGAAUCCUCAGAAGGCUGUGGCAGGGUUUACCGUAUUUUUUGCUCGAUAAGACUCACUUUUUCCCUCCUAAAAAGUAAGGGGAAAUGUGUGUGCGUCUUAUGGCGCGAAUGCAGGCUGCGCAGCUAUCCCAGAAGCCAGAACAGCAAGAGGGAUUCCUGCUUUCACUGCGCAGCGAUCCCUCUUGCUGUUCUGGCUUCUGAGAUUCAGAAUAUUUUUUUUCUUGUUUUCCUCCUCCAAAAACAAGGUGCGUCUUGUGGUCUGGUGCGUCUUAUAGAGUGAAAAAUACGGUGAUAUAUAUGCCCCCUACAGAGCAGCAAUAAUACCAAAUUCAUUAGGAUUUGCAGACAGCAAUAGAAGCUGUAGCAGUGGUUGGCAUGUUAGAAUAUGGCUGCAGUGGGCCUUCUGAUUGCAUUUAGGCUCUGCUAGUACUCUUAAAGGGACGCGGGUGGUGCUGUGGGUUAAACCACAGAGCCUAGGACUUGCCGAUCAGAAGGUCGGCAGUUCGAAUCCCCGCGACAGGGUGAGCUCCCGUUGCUCGGUCCCUUCUCCUGCCAACCUAGCAGUUUGAAAGCACGUCAAAGUGCAAGUAGAUAAAUAGGUACCACUCCGGCGGGAAGGUAAACGACGUUUCGUGUGCUGCUCUGGUUCGCCAGAAGCGACUUAGUCAUGCUGGCCACAUUACCUGGAAGCUGUACGCCGGCUCCCUUGGCCAGUAGAGCGAGAUGAGUGCCGCAACCCCAGAGUCAGCCACGACUGGACCUAAUUUUCAGGGGUCCCUUUAGCUUUAGUACUCUUAAAAUCUGUGUACCACCUUAUACCCGCAGGUCUCAGGGCAGUUCACAAUUCUCUAUCGGUUAAUGAGAAAAUAAAUUACAUUUAAAAUGAGCAAAAUGGAGGGGAAUUCUCAUGGCUGAGGUUUGCCAGUUGCUCUAACCUUCCUUUCCGUGGGGUUUUGGUGGAUGACCUUUUUUUCCUUCCACAAAUCAGCCUCACUUGGGUGCCCUUGCUUCCUCACAACCCCACGGCCUCCUUAAUUGUUGUUACAAAGAAAGAUGGUGAAAUGCAACCGUUUGCUUUUAAAUAAGAAUGUCAGACGUCUUAGCAGGAAGCGUUGGCGGUGAACUGCUAGCCUGAAGUAGGAAUCCCAUCAAAGAAAAGAAGUACCUGGUCCUCCGCUUGAUUAUUCAUCUUUUUCAUCGUUUUUCUCAUUCUCUGACUUCUGGUGUGUCAGAGAUGGGGGACCUCAGGCUCAGGGGCCAAAUCAGCCGUCUAGGUUUGAUUUGAGUUCCUAUUGAAAUGAGGCUGCUUUUUAAUGUUGUAUUUUACAGUGGUACCUCAGGUUACAUACGCUUCAGGUUACAGACUCCGCUAACCCAGAAAUAUUACCUCAGGUUAAAAACUUUUCUUCAGGAUGAGAACAGAAAUUGUGCUCCAGUGGCGCGGCAGCAGUGGGAGGCCCCAUUAGCUAAAGUGGUGCUUCGGGUUAAGAACAGUUUCAGGUUAAGAACGGACCUCCGGAACGAAUUAAGUACUUAACCUGAGGUACCACUGUAAUAUUGUUUUUAAGUUGUAUCUUAAUCAAUUGUUUUAUAUCUGGUGUUAGCCGCCCUGAGCCCAGUCUUGGCUGGGGAGGGUGGGGUAUAAAUAAAAUUUAUUAUUAUUAUUAUCUCUGAUUGGUCUUUGAAACUUUCCCCAGCCCUCAGCUUUUGCUGGAGCUGCUUCACACCCUCCCCGUGGUGUUGUUUUUUUGCCUGGAUUUCGAACUGGGUCGACGCUGAGCUGCUUUUAAGUUCUUCCUCCUUUCCCCCACCCCUUUCUGGGUUAGCAUCACAGUCCUUCAGAGCAUGAAACUGGGGAUCGACGUGAACAGGCACAAAGAGAUCAUUGUGAAGAGCAUCUCGGCCUUGCUUCUGCUGCUCCUGAAACAUUUCAAGCUGAACCACAUCUAUCAGGUGCGUCUUCGGAGCAGUAAUAAGGCAGACUUUUGUCCCUUUCCCUCCCACGUUUCUUGGAUUGGUUCUCUGUUAUCUGUGGUUCUCUUAAGAGCGGUUCUUCAGACUGGUGUUUCGUUUUGCAGGUGCAUUCCGCAACCUGUCAUUGGUGCAAUAAUACUGCAGUAGAGGUGGAUAUAUACCGUAUUUUUCGCUCCAUAAGACGCACCAGACCAUAAGACACUCCUAGUUUUUGGAGGAGGAAAACAAGAAAAAAAAUAUUCGGAAUCUCAGAAGCCAGAACAGCAAGAGGGAUCGCUUCGCAGUGAAAGCAGCAAUCCCUCUUGCUGUUCUGGCUUCUGGGAUAGCUGCGCAGCCUGCAUUCGCUCCAUAAGAUGGACACACAUUUCCACUUACUUUUUAGGAGGGAAAAAGUGAGUCUUAUAGAGCAAAAUAUAUGGUACUUGACCUCCCACACCCAAUGUUAUCACAUUAUUGCUGUCUGGAGGGGCUCUCUUGUGCUAUUGCACAACAAAAGCAGGAACGCCCCCCAACAGUCACAUCUGUGGUAUCAAGAGCUGCAAGAUGAAUGGGGAACAGAAGAAGUUACAUGAUUUCAGGGGGAAGCUAUGGGACAUGAACCGAGUGGAAACAAUGCAGUAUGACACACACAUCCCAUGUCCGCAGCCAUAAAUAGUAUUGAAAGCAGGAUUAUGUAUAACCACUCUCCACUGGUGUACAGAACAAAGGCUGAGUGGGAUGGUAUUUCUGGUGUUGUAAUAUCAGCUUUUGGGGCUACCAGGUGAGCUUUUAGGAGCUAGCAGCAAUGGCCAGCAGUCAGUCCUUGGGAUGUAGUUUAGGAAGGCAUUUUACUUCCAUAAAAGGGUUAGACUGUCAGACCAAAAAGAGCUUUAAAGACGUGUUGCAGCUGCCAAGAGGACUGUGCUAAGCCUGAAAUGUGGGGAAGGAGAGAAAUUGGAAACUGGAGCCCAUCAAGCAUAGCUGUCAACCGUCCCUUAUUGGGCGGGAAAGUCCCUUAGCCCAGCGCCGUGUCCCACUGCUGUCCCUUACUGAUGAUGUCCCGUAAAUUUCCCGGGUUUCAAAGGAAGCCGCUCCUCUCCCUCCCUCCCUGCCGGCCAGGGAGGAGGGAGGCUCCAACUGUGUUGCUUGGCUGCGUUGCUCACCCAAUAAGGAGCCUAAGAACGACUGGGGGGUGGAGUUUGCAUGCCUUGUGCCGAUCAAUUUGGCCGCGCUGCCUGGGGACUCGCCUUUGCUCAGCGCUUCCCAGCGGAGAGGUGACGGUGGUUUCCCUUGCUGCAUCCCCUUUGCCGGGUUGCUGUGCUGUGGGAACCACCGCUUGAGGAUUCGUUUGGCUGCUGGCUGGGCUUUCUGCUUUUCGCUCGGAGGGGCUCAGAAGUCGAACAUACCUGUGCUUGGAAAAUCCCUAAUUUUGGCUGCUGAUCCCUUAUUUCCUUGGCUGCUGGUCCCUUAUUUUCAAAUCUGUAAGUUGACAGCUAUGCCAUCAAGUGGUCCCAUGUGAAACUUUUGACUGUCUGAAGAGACAUGCCCAGAAGCAAAUAUUGGAAGUAGCCGUAGUGUUUGUGUGUGUGCUAGUUAACGCUCUUUCCUGUUUCAUGUUCUGGACUCCCUUGUCUCUCCAGUUUGAGUAUGUCUCUCAGCACCUGGUGUUUGCCAACUGCAUCCCAUUGAUCCUGAAGUUCUUCAACCAGAAUAUCAUGUCCUACAUCACUGCCAAAAACAGGUAAUGCCUGCAUGAAAGUUAAUCUCCCGUCCCUUCUGGGAACACAAAGGCAAUUUUAAACCUGAUGCGUUGACAUCCGUCUGUAAUGGCAGUGAACUGAUGCAUGUGUGUGUCUCUCCUUUGAUUUCCCCGGAAGCAUCUCUGUCCUGGAUUAUCCCUCCUGCACGGUCCAUGAGUUACCAGAACUCAACGCUGAAAGCUUGGUAAGGAGAACGACGAUUACUCUUCACAUCCACGUUGCCUGUGGGCUAGGCAAGAUACAGUGUCAGGGGCCUCCAUUUGCUCUCUGUAAAAUGGGAUUAAUAACGCACUUGCUGGUCGAUUCCAAAGCCCAUAUUUAUUUAUUUUUAAAUAAUUUUUAUUCAUUUUAAAACAUAUUCUUAAACAAACAUUCCACAAAAUUUCACCUCUUAUACAAUCUUUUUGGACUUCUAUCAGCGCCUCUGCAGAUCUCCCAUUUUUAUAAUUUCUUCUUCAUUUCUUAAAUUCAUAUUGCCUUUAAUUAUCAUGACUAAUAUUAUCCUUUUCGUUCAAUAAUGCAAUCAUACAAAUUAUUCCCCUUACAAAACUUCCUGCAAACCUACCAAUGUAAUCUGAUCAUCACAAUUACUUUUCAUAUAGUCCGUAAAUUUAUGCCAAUCUUCCGUGAAUCUCUGGUCCUGCCAGUUUCGAAUUCUUCCCAUUAGUUUAUCUAGUUCUGCAUAGUCCAUCAAUUUCAUCCUCCUGAUUCCAAAGCCCAUAUUAAACCUACCAAACUGUCAUAAAAUAGUGUGCAAGAUUUCAAGUUUCCCAGAAAUCUUAAUCAGAAAGCCAUAUUACCAAUACUGACUCUCCAGGAUUUCAGGCACGGAACACGCCUUAAAAAAAAGAAGAAUGGGGGGAGGAAAGGGUGUGGCGUUCUGGGAAAAACGACUUUGGCAAUCCCUCCUGCCACUGUUCCCAAAUGGGUUUUGACUAUACGUGAUUUUGGGUGCAAUCCCCAGAGCCUAACCCCUGUGUCAGUUGCAGUCUUACUGUAGUAAGCAAGCAAGAUGAUUUAUGCCUCUACCUCUUGAAAAAAAUUAGACUUGUUUGUGUGUCUCCACCCCCUGGAAUCUAUACUUGCUAAAGUGCAAACUGAGCAGUGACUGGCAAUUUAAAAGGGCUCCAUGAGCAGAGGAUUUCUCCUGCGCACUGAAAUGAAUGGGCUGCCUAUUUUAAGUGGGUUUGUUGCUGGGGUAUAGAUUGCUCUAAUUUGAGAGCUACUCUUCCCUACUUCCAUCAAAGUGCUGUACUCUGAAGCAACAGUGGCCUCUAGUGGUUUACUAAGUGAACUGACGGUGGUUAAUGAUUCCUUUGCUAUGCGGCAGGUUUUCUCGGGGCCAAGUAAAAGGUAAAGGGACCCCUGACCGUUAGGUCCAGUCGUGACCAACUCUGGGGUUGCAGCGCUCAUCUCGCUUUACUGGCCGAGGGAGCCGGCGUACAGCUUCCGGGUCAUGUGGCCAGCAUGACUAAGCCGCUUCUGGCAAACCAGAGCAGCGCACAGAAACGCAGUUUACCUUCCCGCCGGAGUGGUGCCUAUUUAUCUACUUGACUUUGAUGUGCUUUCAAACUGCUAGGUUGGCAGGAGCAGGGACCGAGCAACGGGAGCUCACCCCGUGGCGGGGAUUCGAACUGCCGACCUUCUGAUCGGCAAGCCCUAGGCUCAGUGGUUUAACCCACAGCACCACAUGAUCCGGAAGCUGUACGCCGGCUCCCUCGGCCAGUAAAGCGAGAUGAGCGCCGCAACCCCAGAGUCGGUCACGACUGGACCUAAUGGUCAGGGGUCCCUUUACCUUUUAUAGUAUAUUGUAUUUUAAAAUGGGGUUUCAGAGUCUUUAGGGGUUUUUGAAUGUCUUACGUAGAUUUUUCAGUUUCAUUGUUCUGUAUGGGACAAUGACAAUAAAGAUAUCGUAUGGUAUUGUAUCAUAUCGUAGCUGUGCCGGGCCCAGGCUGUUUAAAGCUUUAUCAGUCCUUACUAGCCUAUUCAUGUUAUGAUGGCUUCCUUCCUCCUCGAUUGCAGGAAGUGGGGGACAACAACCAGUUCUGUUGGAGGAAUCUCUUCUCCUGCAUCAACCUUCUGAGGAUCCUCAACAAACUGACCAAAUGGAAGCAUUCCAGGACAAUGGUGAGAUGCCAGCUGGCUGAACUAGCCUGAUGUAGAUGUUACACACUGAGCUGACAUGUUCCCGCAGUUUGUGUCGUGAGACCAAAUAUGUAAUGAAAGAAUGAUUCAUCUACUCUGGUGUAUCUAGAGAACAGAGCGUGAGCUGGCAAAUUGUGUGACGCCACCCCCAGCAAUGCAGAUGGCGUCAACUUUCCAAAUUUCAUGUGGGUUUUAGAAACCCAUGUUUCAGAUGGCUCUCCUGUAUCGGUCUCUACAGCCACAGCAGACGCCAUAACUUCCCAACAGUUUGACUUCACCUCCAAAGGUGUACUCCUCCUUUGUCUCUCGAGGCAGACGGAUGCCAACAACAGAAACACAUUUUUCAGAUGGCUUUCCCCCCUAAUUUUAGAGAUUUCUUUUUUAUAUCUAUAUAAAUUUUAUUAGUUUUUUUAACAUAUCAUUUUCAACAGUAAUUAAACAUACUUUUACAUCUUAUAGGUUUUUUUUACUUCCAUCAAUCACAGCUGAAAAUUUUCCAAUCAAUUCACUUAAUAUACAUUGCUUAAUUUCACUAUUACAUUUAAAUCUCACAACUAAUCUCUCUAUUCUGUCUCUACUUUGCAAUGUUUCAUAUAUUUCUCCUUACAAAACUUCUUGUAGUCCUACUAGCGUAAUUUGUUGAUUACAGUUGCUCUUCAAAUAGUUUUGUAUAUUUCUUCCAAUCUUCUGUGAAUCUCUGGUCCCGCAGGUUUCGAAUCCUUCCUGUCAUUUUAUCUAAUUCUGCGUAGUCCGUUAAUUUUGUCUGCCAUUCUUUUUUCAUCGGAAUUUCGUCUUGCUUCCAUUUCUGGGCUAACAAUACUCUUGCCGCUUUUGUUGCAUAUAAGAACAAUUUAACAUCUUCUCUAUUAAUAUCCUCACCUAUAAUACCAAGUAAAAAUGCUUCUGGUUUUUUUGAAUUUUAGAGAUUUAUUUCCUGGGCUUUAAAUGUAGUAUGUGUGUGUGUGUGUGUGUGUGUGUGUGUGUGUGUAUUUUAAUGAACCUGUAAAGGUAAAGGGACCCCUGACCAUUAGGUCCAGUCGUGGCCGACUCUGGGGUUGCGGCGCUCAUCUCGCUUUCUUGGCGUCAUGUGGCCAGCAUGACUAAGCCGCUUCUGGCGAACCAGAGCAGUGCACGGAAACACCGUUUACCUUCCUGCUGGAGCGGUACCUAUUUAUCUACUUGCACUUUGUGCUUUCGAACUGCUAGGUUGGCAGGAGCAGGGACUGAACAACAGGAGCUCAGCCCUUCGCAGGGAUUCAAACCGCCAACCUUCUGAUCGGCAAGUGCUAGGCUCUGUGGUUUAACCCACAGCGCCACCCGCGUCCUAUUAAUGAACCUGUACUGUUCUGGAAACUAAAGAUUUGCAAGCUUAACAAAAUAGGACAUUCUUCUGUUGAUCCGAACCAGGGGAUUGCCAACACAGGCCUUCAUUGGUGUCACUAGCCAGGGUCCCCAGACUCUGAGCUUUCACUUUUUAAAAAAGGUCUCUAGCCCUCCCAGGAAACAGGUUGUGAAGUAAAAUGUGCAGGUACCCUUCUAAGCAAUUCCUGUGAAAUGAACCAGCCUGGCCAAUGAGUGAAGUCAGAGCUGUGAGUGAUAAAUGAGUUGUUCAGACACCAGGAAAUAGGAAUAGGGUCCUGAAGAUCUGCUGUUUCCCUCUCCCACUUAGCGCACUUUUCCUGAUUCCCUCUUAUUUAAUCCCUGCUCAUCAGCUGAUGAAUGGAGAUCAACUCCUGCUGCCUUUGCUGUGGGGUCCUGUUCCCUACUGGGAACAGGGCACGUAGCCAGUGCAGGAUGCAAUCAUGCCCUUGGACCCAUGAGGAGUGAUGUCAGCUGGUGCAUAGGUGGGCAUGGUUUGGGUAACACAGCCGCAGAGAUUAACUUGGCCUCCCCAGGUAGGUCAAGAUACCGGGAUGGAGGUUUCCUGUUCCUGCUCCUGGUCUGUGCUAACUGGUAGAGGCUCUCCAGGAUUUCCAGCAUCCCCAGUGCCACCUGGAGAAACCAGGGCUGGCAUCUUCAGCUUGCAAAGCAGAUGUUCUACCAUAUCUUGCUGGGUUGCUUUUUCCACUUGUAAAGGUGAAGGAACCCCUGACCAUUUGGUCCAGUCGUGGCUGACUCUGGGGUUGCGGCGCUCAUCUCGCUUUAUUGGCCGAGGGAGCCGGCAUACAGCUUCCGGGUCAUGUGGCCAGCAUGACUAAGCCGCUUCUGGCGAACCAGAGCAGCGCACAGAAACGCCGUUUACCUUCCCGCUGGAGUGGUACCUAUUUAUCUACUUCCACUUUGAUGUGCUUUCGAACUGCUAGGUUGGCAGGAGCAGGGACCGAGCAACGGGAGCUCACCCCGUCACGGGGAUUCGAACCGCUGACCUUCUGAUCGCCAAGCCCUAGGCUCUGUGGUUUACCCCACAGUGCCACCCGCAUCCCUUUUCCACUCAUAUUGAAAGCCUUAAAUGUAUUGUUUGCCUGUUCCUGCAAUCAUUAAGACUGUACUCCUAAAAGAAAUAUAUCUUGUUCUGUUGCUUGCUGUUUGGUAUAUCGGUAGAUGUUGGUGGUCUUCAAGUCUGCACCUAUCCUGAAACGGGCUCUGAAAGUCAAGCAAGCCAUGAUGCAGCUCUACGUCCUGAAGCUGCUGAAGAUCCAGACCAAGUAUCUCGGGCGCCAGUGGAGGAAGAGCAACAUGAAGACAAUGUCCGCCAUCUACCAGAAAGUGCGCCAUCGCAUGAACGACGAUUGGGCUUACGGCAACGGUGGGUGUUGCAGAUGCCUUCCUUGCCUGGAAGGGUGAUGCUGGUCUUGGCUGAGCGUUCUGCGGGCAUUCCCCAUCUCUCUAUCACCCACUGAACAUUUGAUCUGUCUCUUUUGCUUGCACAGGGCACCAACCACGCUGUCCCUCCAGGUGUUAUUGUGUCAUAAACCCCAUCAGGUCAAUGUGGUUUAGCACCGUUCAGGUGUAUUGACUUAGCUGGGCUCCUUAACUGCAGAUUUUAAGACGCGGUGUUCCCUUUGCCUAUGCAGUGUCCCAUUUGGGGUACUUUCCAUUGUGACCCCCUGAAGCUGCCAUAUACAGAGUUAGUUUGCUCUUCCAUUUAGCCUCUGACUGGCAGUGGUCUCCAGGACUUUAGAGAUCAGAGAGCAUUCUCAGUACCAACUACCUGAGAUGUCUUAGCUGGAGAAUCUAGGGAUUGGGACUCGGACCAUUGGCAUGAAAUGCAUACACCGUAUUUUUCGCUCCAUAAGACACACCUUUUUCCUCCUAAAAGGUAAGGGGAAUUGUCUGUGCAUCUUAUGGAGCAAAUGCGUGGUCCCUGGAGCCGAAUUGCCCCAGGGGCGAAAAGCAGAUCGUGCUUUUUUAUUUUUAGAAAGAGGGGAUGGGGUGUUGAAACAAAGCUGCUGAGCAGCUGAUCGGCAAGUGAUGGGAGGGAGAUAAGGGACUCUAGCGAUAAAGGAGGCUACCUGGGAGGGGGGAGGUAAAAGCACAUGGAUCCUCAGGAUUUUUGCAUUGGGUCACCCCAAAUUCACCAUCAGAUCACAUAGCAUGUCCAUGGCUACAGCCUGCACCAAAAAAAAUCAUGCAUCUACUGUUUCGUGGGGCCGCAAUGGCGCAAAAAUGUGGUUACAAAGCAUGGAUCCACAUGGAUCCUUGGGAUUUUUGCACUGGGCUACCCCAAACUCACCGUCAAAUCACAUAUCAUGUCUGUGGCCACAGCAUGAACCACAAAAAUCAUACAUCCAUUGUUUUGUUCAGAAUUUUUUUUUCUUGUUUUCCUCUAAAAACUAGGUGUGUCUUAUGGUCAGGUGCGUCUUAUGGAGCGAAAAAUAUGGUAUUAUCUCCAGUAAUGAUGAAAUGACUCAUUCUUGGGGCCACUAGGAAUCCAAGGAUGUCACUCCAAAGACCAUUAUUGACACUAUGAGUCUCAACGCUGACAGAGCUGUGGGCUCAGACCCAACCCCAAAGAGGUUGUUCUGUUUUACCAGAAAGAGCACCUUCCAGUUUUCAUCUUGGCUCUCUCUUGUCUUGUUGACACGUAGAUAUCGAUGCUCGGCCCUGGGACUUCCAAGCUGAAGAAUGCACUUUACGAGCCAAUAUUGAAGCCUUUAACAGCCGGAGGUAUGAUAAAUCCCAGGACUCUGAAUUUGCUCCAGUGGACAACUGCUUGCAGAGUGUGUUGGGCCAGCCCCUGGACCUUCCUGAAGAUUUCCAUUACUCUUACGAACUAUGGCUGGAGAGAGAAGUGUUCUCACAGCCCAUCCGCUGGGAAGAACUAUUACGCUAUCCGUGA